AUCCUGCUGUCAUUCUGCUGGCGUUACAGAUAAUGAUGUUGAGGAGCUACAGAUGCAUGCAACACAAGAAUGGUAAUUGGAUAGAGACAUUGCGUAGAAUAAAAAAAGAAAAGCUCAGUUGCACCCUUCAGUCUUUACAAAGAUGUAGCCAAUGCUCUGGCAUAGUAAUGGGUCUUAUCUGAAAUCACUCAGUUAAAAAGUAGAAUUUUAGCAAUCAUUUUAUCCCAUUCGGCUGGUGGGGAAAUAGGCAUUGUGAGCAAGUCUGCUUCCCAAUGGUGAUGUGGAUAUACUCGGAAUACAUAUCCCAAAUGAAAUAAAUGAUCUCACUCCCCAAAAAAUUAAUAGAAAGUUAGCAAAAAUAGACAAGAUCUUGCUACCAUGGAACGGUAAAUACCUGUCAAUUUGUGGAAAAAUCACACCGAUUAACUCUUUAUUAUCCCAGUUUACAUAUUUGCUUAUGGUCUUGCCUACUCCUAGCGAACAGUUUUUUUUUUUAAUUAUGAGAAUUUUUUUCCAUUUUAUUUGGAAUGGCAAGCCAGACAAAAUUAAACGGGCCUAUUUAUAUAAUGAAUAGUAUUAAAUGUUAAAGCAUUAGACCUAUCACUAAAAGCUUCAGUCAUACAAAAAUUAUACUUAAAUCCGAACUGGUUCUCUAGCAAACUAGUAAGAUUGUCUCACCCAAUGUUCAAGAAGGGACUUUUUCCCUUCAUUCAGAUUACAACCCCUCACUUUCAGGUAUUUGAAAAGGAAAUCAUCUCCCAAAUAUCACUAUUUCUAAAACAAGCCAUAGAAAGUUGGUUGCAAUUUCAAUUGAAUCCUCCAGAAAUGACAGAACAAAUAUUGCAACAAAUAUUGUGGUUAAACUCAAAUAUACUAAUUGAUAAAAAAAAAAAUAAUAAUAUUGAGAAAAUUAAAAAAAAAGGUAUAAUAUUCGUAAAUGAUAUUAUCGGUAGGAAUGGAGUUAUGUUGCACAUGCAGCUAACAAAAACAUAUGGAAAUGUCUGCUCUACCCAAAAUUACAACCAAAUAAUUGCAGCAUUACCUCAAAAAUGGAAGAGGAAAGUGGGAGGAAGAAGUAAGGAAGUUGUCUGUCGGCCUUGCAUUAAAGAACAUAAUUUGUUAAAGAAAAUUGUGAUAAAUAAAGAAGUUUACCAGUUUAAUUUAAGGACCAAAAGAUUGACAGCCGUCCCAUAUAGAUUGCAAAAUAGUUGGGAAGAGAUUUUUGACGUACCGAUUCCAUGGCAUAGUGUUUAUGAACUGAUACACAAAACGACGCUGGAUUCAAAACUUAUAAUUUAUAAAAGUCUUGCUACCAAUAGAAUGUUAUUUGUAUGGGGGAUACAAUCUUCCCAGCUCUGCAGAUUUAGCUGCGAAGAGACAGCAUCAUUAGAUCAUUUGUUUUGGUACUGUCCAUUUGUAGCUUGUUUCUGGACACAGGUCCAGGAAUGGCUGAAGGAUUGCAAUAUUUGCAUGGAGCUGACCCUGCAGAUGGCACUACAGGGUGAUCUGAAAAGUCAUAGUCAAUCGAUCAAUAAUAUAAUAAUACUUUUAGCAAAGAUGUUUAUUUUCUAUUCACAAACUGUAGAAACAAUGAGAAUAGAAAGGUUCAGAACUUUUGUAAAACAUCAUAGUACAGUUGAAAAAUAUAUGGCAAAUAGAAAUCCAAAAUGGAUGGUGUUAAGAGAUAGAUGGGAGGUGUUGAAUAGAGCUGAAGGAUGGGACUAAUAACAACAAGAUAACUAGUGUAAGACAUGCUGUGUCCAUAAUAAGUAUAUAGGUUAUAUAUUGUGAGCUUUUGUGAAAGAGCACAGUUAGAAAGAUAUGGCAUAUAGAAGCAUGCCAGAUGGACAUCAUGAAAAUGAUCGGAGGAAGUUCAGGAGUAAAAACAAACAAAAUAUAAUUAGUGACUGUCCAUAAAAUGUAUAUAGUAUGUACAGUGGGGAAAAAAAGUAUUUAGUCAGCCACCAAUUGUGCAAGUUCUCCCACUUAAAAAGAUGAGAGAGGCCUGUAAUUUUCAUCAUAGGUACACGUCAACUAUGACAGACAAAAUGAGGGAAAAAAAUCCAGAAAAUCACAUUGUAGGAUUUUUAAUGAAUUUAUUGGCAUAUGAUUGUGGAAAAUAAGUAUUUGGUCAAUAACAAAAGUUUCUCAAUACUUUGUUAUAUACCCUUUGUUGGCAAUGACACAGGUCAAACGUUUUCUGUAAGUCUUCACAAGGUUUUCACACACUGUUGCUGGUAUUUUGGCCCAUUCCUCCAUGCAGAUCUCCUCUAGAGCAGUGAUGUUUUGGGGCUGUCGCUGGGCAACACAGACUUUCAACUCCCUCCAAAGAUUUUCUAUGGGGUUGAGAUCUGGAGACUGGCUAGGCCACUCCAGGACCUUGAAAUGCUUCUUACGAAGCCACUCCUUCGUUGCCCGGGCGGUGUGUUUGGGAUCAUUGCCAUGCUGAAAGACCCAGCCACGUUUCAUCUUCAAUGCCCUUGCUGAUGGAAGGAGGGUUUCACUCAAAAUCUCACGAUACAUGGCCCCAUUCAUUCUUUCCUUUACACGGAUCAGUCGUCCUGGUCCCUUUACAGAAAAAUAGCCCCAAAGCAUGUUGUUUCCACCCCCAUGCUUCACACAAGGUAUGGUGUUCUUUGGAUGCAACUCAGCAUUCUUUGUCCUCCAAACACAACGAGUUGAGUUUUUACCAAAAAGUUCUAUUUUGGUUUCAUCUGACCAUAUGACAUUCUCCCAAUCCUCUUCUGGAUCAUCCAAAUACACUCUAGCAAACUUCAGACGGGCCUGGACAUGUACUGGCUUAAGCAGGGGGACAUGUCUUGCACUGCAGGAUUUGAGUCCCUGGCGGUGUAGUGUGUUACUGAUGGUAGGCUUUGUUACUUUGGUCCCAGCUCUCUGCAGGUCAUUCACUAGGUCCCCCCGUGUGGUUCUGGGAUUUUUGCUCACCGUUCUUGUGAUCAUUUUGACCCCACGGGGUGACAUCUUGCGUGGAGCCCCAGAUCGAGGGAGAUUAUCAGUGGUCUUGUAUGUCUUCCAUUUCCUAAUAAUUGCUCCCACAGUUGAUUUCUUCAAACCAAGCUGCUUACCUAUUGCAGAUUCAGUCUUCCCAGCCUGGUGCAGGUCUACAAUUUUGUUUCUGGUGUCCUUUUGACAGCUCUUUGGUCUUGGCCAUAGUGGAGUUUGGAGUGUGACUGUUUGAGGUUGUGGACAGGUGUCUUUUCUACUGAUAACAAGUUCAAACAGGUGCCAUUAAUACAGGUAACGAGUGGAGGACAGAGGAGCCCCUUAAAGAAGAAGUUACAGGUCUGUGAGAGCCAGAAAUCUUGCUUGUUUGUAGGUGACCAAAUACUUAUUUUCCACCAUAAUUUGCAAAUAAAUUCAUAAAAAAUCCUACAAUGUGAUUUUCUGGAGAAAAAAAAUCUCUAUUUGUCUGUCAUAGUUGACGUGUACCUAUGAUGAAAAUUACAGGCCUCUCUCAUCUUUUUAAGUGGGAGAACUUGCACAAUUGGUGGCUGACAAUCCUUUUUUCCCCACUCUGUGUGUGUGUGUGUGUGUGUGUGUGUGUGUGUAUAUAUAUAUAUAUACACACACACACACACACACACACACACACACACAGUGAGGGAAAAAAGUAUUUCAUCCCCUGCUGAUUUUGUACGUUUGCCCACUGACAAUAACAUGAUCAGUCUAUGAUUUUAAUGGUAGGUUUAUUUGAACAGUGAGAGACAGAAUAACAACAAAAAAUCCAGGAAAAAGCAUGUCAAAAAUGUUAUAAAUUGAAUUGCACUUUAAUGAGGGAAAUCAGUAUUUGACCCCUCAGCAAAACAUGACUUAGUACUUGGUGGCAAAACCCUUGUUGGCAAUCACAGAGGUCAGACGUUUCUUGUAGUUGGCCACCAGGUUUGCACACAUCACAGGAGGGAUUUUGUCCCACUCCUCUUUGCAGAUCUUCUCCAAGUCAUUAAGGUUUCGAGGCUGACGUUUGGCAACUCGAACCUUCAGCUCCCUCCACAGAUUUUCUAUAGGAUUAAGGUCUGGAGACUGGCUAGGCCACUCCAGGACCUUAAUGUGCUUCUUCUUGAGCCACGCCUUUGUUGCCUUGGCCGUGUGUUUUGUCAUUGUCAUGCUGGAAUACCCAUCCACGACCCAUUUUCAAUGCCCUGGCUGAGAGGAGGUUCUCACCCAAGAUUUGACGGUACAUGGCCCCAUCCAUCGGCCCUUUGAUGCGGUGAAGUUGUCCUGUCCCCUUAGCAGAAAAACACCCCCAAAGCAUAAUGUUUACACCUCCAUGUUUGACGGUGGGAAUGGUGUUCUUGGGGUCAUAGGCAGCAUUCCUCCUCCUCCUCCAAACACGGCGAGUUGAGUUGAUGCCAAAGAGCUCGAUUUUGGUCUCAUCUGACCACAAAACUUUCACCCAGUUCUCCUCUGAAUUAUUCAGAUGUUCAUUGACAAACUUCAGACGGGCCUGUAUAUGUGCUUUCUUGAUCAGGGGGACCUUGCGGGCGCUGCAGGAUUUCAGUCCUUCACGGCGUAGUGUGUUACCAAUUGUUUUCUUGGUGACUAUGGUCCCAGCUGCCUUGAGAUCAUUGACAAGAUCCUCCCGUGUAGUUCUGGGCUGAUUCCUCACCGUUCUCAUGAUCAUUGCAACUCCACGAGGUGAGAUCUUGCAUGGAGCCCCAGGCCGAGUGAGAUUGACAGUUAUUUUGUGUUUCUUCCAUUUGCGAAAAAACGCACCAACUGUUGUCACCUUCUCACCAAGCUGCUUGGCGAUGGUCUUGUAGCCCAUUCCAGCCUUGUGUAGGUCUACAAUCUUGUCCCUGUCAUCCUUGGAGAGCUCUUUGGUCUUGGCCAUGGUGGAGAGUUUGGAAUCUGAUUGAUUUUGCUUCUAUGGACAGGUGUCUUUUCUACAGUUAACAAACUGAGAUUAGGAGCACUCCCUUUAAGAGUGUGCUCCUAAUCUCAGCUCGUUACCUGUAUAAAAGACAUCUGGGAGCCAGAAAUCUUUCUGAUUGAGAGGGGGUCAAAUACUUAUUUCCCUCAUUAAAAUGCAAAUCAUAAUAUAACAUUUUUGACAUGUGUUUUUCUGGAUUUUUUUGUGGUUAUUCUGUCUCUUACUGUUCAAAUAAACCUACCAUUAAAAUUAUAGACUGAUCAUUUCUUUGUCAGUGGGCAAACAUACAAAAUCAGCAGGGGAUCAUAUAUAUAUAUAUAUAUGUAUGUAUGUAUGUAUGUGUGUGUGUGUGUGUGUGUGUGUGUGUGUGUGUGUGCGUGUGUGUGCGCGCGAUGAAAAAAACAAAAAAAAACAUAUGGGGGAUUGGAAGUGAUGCAGACAAUUACAUUGAUGGAAGUUACAAUCUAUCUGCAAUAUUAAAGCUGAUCUACCUCCUAAAAAUAAAUAAAGGUUGCUUCCCAAAUGGCACCCUAUUGUAGUGCACUAAUUUUGACCAUGGCCAAUAGGGCAUUUGGGGAAUAGGGUGCCAUUUGGGACAUACUUCAAGUGUGCUCCUCUCCCUCUCCAGCCAGCUGUAUGGGCCUCCAGGUCACGUGUCGCCCAACACAAUGGAGUCCUCCUGCCUCAUACUUAAGUCCUUGUACUAUGGGGGUUUCAAAAGUCACUACAGCACCAUUUUAAGCUAAAUGUUCUGAUCUGUUGCAUCCAGAGUAUGUGAGCGGAGUGGAGAGGUCGGAAAUCCUACUCAUCUGUCGUGCGCUCCAGGUUCUUUCCAACUUUUCCACAAAAAAUAGCUCCUCGCUCACAGAAAAAAAACUGCCGCUCCAUUCAUUAAAAUCACCAUUUAAUCAACACCUAUAUAUUCUUGUGACUACCUGGACCUACCGUUAUUUGGUUUUGAAGUAUUGAAACCGAACCAUAUGAUUUGAAUGAAAAGUAUUUUAAUAAACAACAUGAAAAGGUGACUGUUUGAAGCGCUCAUCAUUUCAAAUAGGCUACAUGUCGUAUUAAACAGCAUAUAAACACGCUAAAUGGGUCAGGAGCCAGACAGUUAAACUAAGAAGGAAUGGAAAUGAAAUAUUUAGGCUAUUAUUAGGCUAUAGCCUACAAAUAAAUAAAUUGUGACGCAUUUGUGAGUGAGACACACUACGCUGGCAGGAACGUUAAGCGCUCAGCAUUUAAACAUUUGUUUUUGAAUGCAAUCAUAAUCUAUAAAUUGCGCAUUUAGGCUGUGACUGACUUAUAAUUAAAUAAAAAUAAAACAAAAAAUGCUUUUAGGCUCAUGCCUGAUGUCCACCAGAUGCAUAUGCGUUUUGUUUUGCUGGAUGUCAAGCCAGCAUUUUCCGUACUUGACGCCCAAGUGCUUUGCUUUUUAACUAGCUAAAAGUUAGCUAAUUGGAGCCUGUGUUCUUCCGUUUGUACCACCGCAUGGUAAAGUAAUGCAUGAGUUGAAAAUAUUGAAUGCAUGCGUUACACAGAACGCACUGCAGCCUAGUGUGGCACCCCCAACGUAGUGUUGCGGACUGCUCCAUUGACAAUGAAUGACUUCAGCCGGAACGCAAUUACUUUGAUGCAUCUGGUGGACACGAGCCGUCAGUCUAUAGUGCAUUUGAAUUCACUUUUAGAAACACGAGAUUGGCCAGAGUCUGUGGCUUCAGUGCCUGGAGAGCAGGCCAGCAGCAGAGAAUACCCUCUCCGUGCUUGCAGAGCCACUGGGGAUGCUAAAUACCCUUCGGGCCACUCUUAUUUUAUUUUCUAUAGGUAAGCCUAAAUGUUUUUAGGCAAAAUAACCCUAUCAAAACGGAAAGCUCCUUGAUAGAGGUCAUAUGUCAGGCCUAUUGAGCCAAAAUCAAUUCCACAAGGAGUCUUUAGUUGUGGACACUACAUCACCGCACUCCCUCUCUUGCUCUUGGUCCUCAUCUUUGUAAGUCACCUUGAUUUUGCACCUGUGUUUUAUCAGUUUCUUUCUGAAAAUAUUUAGUGAACUCCAUGACCGUAGCUAAAGCAAGGGGCUAUAGCAGCACACAAGUAGCCUACUUGCUGGGUAUGCCCUGAGCUCGUGAAGUAAAGUGGGUGCUACUGGAGUGGUACUGGAGCGAAAUUGGAGCCGCUCCAUCCUUUUGCAAACUCGCUCAGUGCUCCAGUCAAAUUGGGCUCACGCCUAGGCCUAAUGGUAGUAUGAAUUUGGGAUCUAUCGUCCCACAACUGUCCCAGAGUCUGUUUGGGCUAUUUAUUUCCCAACAAGCUGACCAAUAGAAUAGGUGAGCUUUUCUACUAUGGGGGAUAGUAGAUUGACAUAGGCUCAUAGGUGGUGUGUCCAUAAGGCUAGGGGAAGCUAAGCUUUUUCUAAGUAAAUUGAAUUAAAUUCCCAAAAUUAUAUAGCCUAAUUAGCCUACUCUUGUCUAUACAUAAAUAAAUAAAAUCAUUCAAAAUAGGCUACUAAAGCAUGAUUUGGCCACAGCAGGUCAUUAGCUUAAAAAUAAAUAAGUUGUGGAUUGUUUUAAAUCGCAUUGCUUACAGUCGGAAAGGAAGCGUGUGCAAUUUGGGCAGCGUGUGCAUCAAAUACCAAAUAGAUGAUUGUUGAGUUGCGACUGUUAGUGAAAAGUAGAGGCCCAGCCAGGCAUAUCGCAAUAUUUAGAAAUUAAAUUGCGGUGAUAGAAGAAUUUGUAUGUGUAAAGUAAUGACUAAAGUGUUUCCAUCCCGAUACUGUAUAAAUGUGUAAACUGUGUUAGAGUUAUAAGACAAUAAAACCACUAACAGGGAAGAUGUGUUUUUAGCGCCAGAGCUCUCAUGAAUAAAAAGACGGACCUAAUGCAGAACGGGACUUUGUUUAAUUCAUUAUUAAACCAGAGCCUUACACCCUCUGGGAAUUAUUCAAAGCUUGCAACCAUUGAGAUAACAAAAUUCUCGUGACAGCGGGAAAACAUAGUUUGGAAAGAAAAUCGGUAUUGCUGUAAAGAGAAGACAAUGAAAAUACUCACCUGUCUUUUUUAGUUCUUACAAUUAUCAAUUUAAUUGAGCGAACAACAGUAGGCCUAUAGCCUAUCUUACUGGCACCAGUGGAGAGCAUCGGCCAUGUCCCUGGUGAGUGCGCACUGCACAUAUUCACUCUUUAUCAUUGUUUGUUCAGUGCUACUUAAGUUUUGUUUUUGGACAAUCAUUUCCAACUCCAGCUUAGAUGGACAUCAUUCUAUUUGUGUCUCCCCUUCUCAUAGGCCAAUUAUAUGGGCAACAUCAUUUUUAUUGAUAUGUUUGUCAGUGUCAGCAGAGUAGGCUAACCUGUAAUUAGUUGUAUAAAAAAAAAAAACCCUGCUAUUGUCAAAUCAAAUGGUAUUUGUCACACGCGCCGAAUACAACCGUUUAGACCUUACAGUGAAAUGCUUACUUACAAGCCCUUAACCAACAAUGCAGUUUUAAGAAAGAAUACCAAAAAAUGUAAUGCACACACAAAAAUACAAUAUAAAAUAAUUAAAGAGCCGCAGUAAAAAUAACAAUAGCGAGGCUAUAUACAAGGGGUACCGGUACCGAGUCAAUGUGCGGGGGAACCGGUUAGUCGAGGUAAUGGUGGUAAUAUGUACAUGUAGGUAGAGUUAUUAAAGUGACUAUGCAUAGAUAAUAAACAGAGAGUAGCAGCAGCGUAAAAGAGGGGUUGGGGGAAAUGCAAAUAGUCUGGGUAGCCAUUUGAUUAGAUGUUCAGGGGUCUUAUGGCUUGAGGGUAGAAGCUGUUUAGAAGCCUCUUGGACCUAGACUUGGCGCUCCGUUACCUCUUUCUGUGCGGUAGCAGAGAGAACAGUCUGACUAGGGUGGCUGGAGUCUUUGAUCAUUUUUAGGGCCUUCCUCUGAUACCGCCUUGUAUAGAGGUCCUGGAUGGCAGGAAGCUUGGCCCCAGUGAUGUACUGGGCCGUACGCACUACCCUCUGUAGUGCCUUGCGGUCGGAGGCCAAGCAGUUACCAUACCAGGCAGUGAUGCAACCAGUUAGGAUGCUCUCGAUGUUGCAGCUGUAGAACCUUUUGAGGAUCUGAGGACCCAUGCCAAGUCUUUUCAGUCUCCUUAGGCAGAAUAGGUUUUGUUGUGCCCUCUUCACGACUGUCUUGCUGUGCUUGGACUAUGUUAGUUUGUUGGUGAUGUGGACACCAAGGAACUUGAAGCUCUCAACAGCCCCGUCGAUGAGAAUGGGGGCGUGCUCGGUCCUAUUAUUUUUCCUGUAGUCCACAAUCAUCUCCUUUGUCUUGAUCACGUUGAGGGAAAAGUUGUUGACCUGGCACCACACAGCCAGCUCUCUGACCUCCUCCCUAUAUGCUGUCUCGUCGUUGUCGGUGAUCAGGCCUACCACUGUUGUCAUCGGCAAACUUAAUGAUGGUGUUCAAGUCGUCCCUGGCCAUGCAGUCAUGAGUGAACAGGGAGUACAGGAUGGGACUGAGCACGCACCCCUGAGGGGCCCCCGUGUUGAGGAUCAGCGUGGCGGAUGUGUUGUUACCUGCCCUUACCACCUGGGGGUGGCCCGUCUGGAAGUCCAGGAUCCAGUUGCAGAGGAAGGUGUUUAGUCCCAGGGUCCUUAGCUUAGUGAUGAGCUUUGAGGGCACUAUGGUGUUGAACGCUGAGUUGUAGUCAAUUAAUAGCAUUCUCACAUAGGUGUUCCUUUUGUCCAGGUGUGAAAGGGUAGUGUGGAGCGCAAUAGAGAUUGCAUCAUCUGUGGAUCUGUUGGGGCGAUAUACAAAUUGGAGUGGGUCUAGGGUUUCUGGGAUAAUGGUGUUGAUGUGAGCCAUGACCAGCCUUUCAAAGCACUUCAUGGCUACAGACGUGAGUGCUACGGGUCGGUAGUCAUUUAGGCAGUUUACCUUGGUGUUCUUGGGCACAGGGACUAUGGUGGUCUGCUUGAAACAUGUUGGUAUUAAAGACUCAAACAGGGAGAGGUUGAAGAUGUCAGUGAAGACACUUGCCAGUUGGUCAGCGCAUGCUCGGAGUACACGUCCUGGUAAUCCGUCUGGCCUUGUGAAUGUUGACCUGUUUUAAAGGUCUUACUCACAUUGGCUACGGUGAGCGUGAUCACACAGUCAUCCGGAACAGCUGAUCAGUGUUACUUGCCUCGAAGCGAGCAUAGAAAUAAUUUAGCUCGUCUGGUAGGCUCGUGUCACUGGGCAGCUCGCGGCUGUGCUUCCCUUUGUAGUCCGUAAUAGUUUGCAAGCCCUGCCACAUCCGACGAGCGUCAGAGCCGGUGUAGUACGAUUCAGUCUUUGUCCUGUAUUGAUGCUUUAGCUGGAUUUCUUAUACGUUUCCGGGUUAGAGUCCCGCUCCUUGAAAGCGGCAGCUCUACCCUUUAGCUCAGUGCGGAUGUUGCCGGUAAUCCAUGGCUUCUUGAUGGGGUAUGUACGUACAGUCACUGUGGGGAUGACAUCAUCGAUGCACUUAUUGAUGAAGCCAGUGACUGAUGUGGUGUACUCCUCAAUGCCAUCAGAAGAAUCCCGGAACAUAUUCCAGUCGGUGCUAGCAAAACAGUCCUGUAGCUUAGCAUCUGCUUCAUCUGACCACUUAUUUAUUGACCGAGUCACUGGUGCUUCCUGCUUUAGUUUUUGCUUGUAAGCAGGAAUCAGGAGGAUAGAAUUAUGGUCAGAUUUUCCAAAUGGAGGGAGAGCUUUGUAUUCAUCUGUGUGUGGAGUAAAGGUGGUCUAGAGUUUUUUUUUUCCCCCUCUGGUUGCACAUUUAACAUGCUGGUAGAAAUUAGGUAAAACGGAUUUAAGUUACCCUGCAUUAAAGUCCCUGGCCACUAGGAGUGCCGCCUCUGGAUGAGCGUUUUCCUCAUUUCUACCAGAAAUGCAAAGGCAGAUUAGCCCUUGUCGCCGGCUACUUACCAAGCACCCCGAUCUCCUUCCGCAAUAUCUCCUAUUCUUUCUGCUGCGAAUUACGGGGAUGAGGGCCCUGUCGGGUGUCUGGAGAAAAUCCCUCUCGUCCGACUCAUUAAAGAAAAAUUAUUUGUCCAGUUCAAGGUGAGUAAUCGCUGUUCUGAUGUCCAGAUGCUGUUUUCGGUCAUAAGAGACGGUAGCAGCAACAUUAUUUACUAAAUAAUGUACUGGGAGUACCUGGCGCCAACUAAGAUGGCGGCCUCGCGACUAGCUCUUAGGAAAUGUUGCAGUAUUUUGUUUUUUUAUGUAUUUUUUACAUUAUUUAGCGCAGAAAGUGUUUUGUAUCAUUACAUACAGCCGGGAAAACUAUUGGAUAUCAGAGCGGCGGUAACUCACCAGCAUUACGACCAGGAAUACGACUUUCCCGAUGCAGAUCCUUUGUUUGCUCUCCCCAGGGCAACUAAAAUUAGUCGCCGAAAUUGUAGCAACCCCUAUUACUAGCCUGUUCAACCUCUCUUUCGUAUCAUCUGAGAUCCCCAGAGAUUGGAAAGCUGCCGCGGUCAUCCCCCUCUUCAAAGGGGGUGACACUCUAGAUCCAAACUGUUACAGACCUAUAUCCAUCCUGCCCUGCCUUUUCGAAAGUAUUUGAAAGCUGUCUUCAUCGACCUGGCCAAGGCUUUCGACUCAGUCAAUCACAGCAUUCUUAUUGGCAGACUAAAUAGCCUUGGUUUCUCAAAUGACUUCCUCGCCUGGUUCACCAACUAUUUCUCAGAUAGAGGUCAAUGUGUCAAAUCGGAGGGCCUGUUUUCUGGACCUCUGGCAGUCUCUAUGGGGGUGCCACAGGGUUCAAUUCUCGGGCUGACUCUAUUCUCUGUGUAUAUCAAUGUCGCUCUUGCUGCUGGUGACUCUCAGAUCCACCUCUAUGCAGACGACACCAUGUUAUAUACAUCUGGCCCUUCAUUGGACACUGUGUUAACAAACCUCCAAACGAGCUUCAAUGCCAUACAACACUCCAUCCGUAGCCUCCAACUGCUCUUAAACGCUAGUAAAACUAAAUGCAUGCUCUUUAAUCGAACGUUGCUUGCACCCGCCUGCCCCACUAGAAUCACUACUCUCGGCGGGUCUGACUUAGAAUAUGUGGACAACUACCGGUAAAAAUACCUAGGUGUCUCGUUAGAUCGUAAACUCUCCUUCCAGACUCACAUUUAAGCAUCUCCAAUCCAAAGUUAAAUCUAGAAUCGGCUUCCUAUUUCGCAACAAAGCCUCCUUCACUCAUGCUGCCAGACAUGCCCUCGUAAAACUGACUAUCCUACCGAUCCUUGAUUUUGGCGAUGUCAUUUACAAAAUAGCCUCCAACACUCUACUCAGCAAAUUGGAUGUAGUCUAUCACAGUGCCAUCCGUUUUGUCACCAAAGCCCCAUAUACUACCCACCAUUGUGACCUGUACGCUCUCGUUGGCUGGCCCUUAUUACAUAUUCGUCACCAAACCCACUGGCUCCAGGUCAUCUAUAAAUCACUGCUAGGCAAAUCCGCACCGUAUCUUAGCUCAUUGGUCACCAUAGCAACACCCACCCGUAGUCUGCGCUCCAGCAGGUAUAUCUCACUGGUCAUCCCCAAAGCCAACACCUCCUUUGGCCGCCAUUCCUUCCAGUUCUUUGCUGCUAAUGACUGGAACGAACUGAAGCUGGAGACUCUUAUCUCCCUCACUAACUUUAAGUGUCAGUUGUCAGAGCAGCUUACCAAUCACUGCACCUGUACACAGCCAAUCUGUAAUUAGCCCACCCAACUACUUCGUCCUCAUAUUGUUAUUUAUUUUGCUCAUUUGCACCCCAGUAUCUCUAUUUGCACAUCUUCUGCACAGCUAUCAUUCCAGUGUUAAUACUAAAUUGUAAUUAUUUUUCGCUAUGGCCUAUUUAUUGCCUUACCUCCAUAACUUACUACAUUUGCACACACUGUAUAUAGAUGUUCUAUUGUGUUAUUGACUGUAUGUUUUGUUUUAUCCCAUGUGUAACUGUUGUUGUUUUUAUUGCACUGCUUUGCUUUAUCUUGGCCAAGUCGCAGUUGUAAAUGAGAACUUGUUCUCAACUGGCUUACCUGGUUAAAUAAAGGUUAAAUAAAAUAAUAAAAAAUGCCGACCGUAUUAUCUCCCAAGAUAAUUUUCUUCGUUUAUACUCACGGUCGUUUAUUUCCCCCCUCAAGCCGAUACCGCGAUGGCUCACAAAGAACUUCACUGGACUUUAUACAAACUGGAAACCACAUAUCUUGAGGCUGCAUUUAUUGUAGCCGGGGAUUUUAACAAAGCAAAUUUGAGGACUAGGCUGCCGAAGUUCAAUCGACAAAUCGACUGUAGUACUCGCGCUGCUAAAAUCCUCGACCAUUGCUAUUCAAACUUCUGGGAUGGUUAUAAGGCCCUCCCCCGCCCUCCGUUCGGCAAAUCUGACCACGACUCCAUUUUGCUCCUCCCUUCCUAUAGGUAGAAACUCAAACAGGAAGUACCCGUGCUAAGGACUAUUCCACGCUGGUCUGACCAAUCGGAAUCCACGCUUCAAUAUUGUUUUGAUCACGCGGACUGGGAAAUGUUCUGGGUAGCUUGCGUAAAUAAUUUAGACGAGUACACUUAAACGGUGACUUGAGUUCAUCAGGAAGUGUAUAGGUGAUGUUGUGCCCACUAUGACUAUUAAAACCUAUCCUAACCAGAAACUGUUGAUAGAUGGCAGCAUUCGUGCAAAACUGAAAGUGCGAACCACCGCAUUUAACCAUGGCAAGGUGACUGGGAAUAUGGCAGAAUACAAACAGUGUAGCUACUCACUCCGCAAGGCAGUUAAACUGGCAAAACAUCAGUAUGGAGACAAAGUGGAGUCGCAAUUCAAUGGCUCAGACACGAGACGUAUGUGGCAGGGUCUACAGACAAUCACAGACUACAAAGGAAAACAAGCCACGUCGCUGACACCGACGUCUCGCUUCCAGACAAGCUAAACACCUUUUUCGCCCGCUUUGAGGUUAACACAGUACCAUCGACGAGGCCCACUAUGAAGGACUGUGGCCUCUCCUUCUCCGUGGCUGACUUGAGUAAGACUUUUAAGCAUGUUAACCCCCGCAAGGCUGCCAGUCCAGACGGCAUCCCUAGCCACGUCCUCAGAGCAUGUGCAGACCAGCUGGCUGGUGUGUUUACGGACACAUUCAAUCUCUCACUUUCUCAGUCUGCUGUUCCCACAUGCUUCAAGAUGGCCACCAUUGUUCCUGUACCCAAGAAAGCAAAGGUAACUGAACUAAAUGACUAUCGCCCCGUAGCACUCACCUCUGUCAUCAUGAAGUGCUUUGAGAGACUAGUCAAGGAUCAUAUCACCUCUACCUUACCUGUCACCCUAGACCCACUUCAAUUUGCUUACCGCCCCAAUAGAUCCACAGACGAUGCAAUCACCAUCACACUGCACACUGCCCUAUCCCAUCUGGACAAGAAGAAUACCUAUGUAAGAAUGCUGUUCAUUGACUAUAGCUCAGCAUUCAACACCAUAGUACCCAACAUGCUCAUCAUUAAGCUUGAGGCCCUGGGUCUGAACCCCGCCCUGUGCAACUGGGUCCUGGACUUCCUGACAGGCCGCCCCCAGGUGGUGAAGGUAGGAAACCACAUUUCCACUUCGCUGAUCCUCAACACAGGGGCCCCACAAGGGUGCGUGCUCAGCCCCCUCCUGUACUCCCUGUUCACCCAUGACUGUGUGGCCAAGCACGCCUCCAACUCAAUCAUGAAGUUUGCAGACGACACAACAGUAGUAGGCUUGAUUACCAACAAUGACGAGACCACCUACAGGGAGGAGGUGAGGGCUCUGGGAGUGUGGUGCCAGGAAAAUAACCUCUCACUCAAAGUCAACAAAACAAAGGAGAUGAUCGUGGACUUCAGGAAACAGCAGAGGGUGGGGACUGCAGUGGAGAAGGUGAAAAGCUUCAAGUUCCUUGUCGUACACAUCACCGACAAACUGAAAUGGUCCACCCACGCCUAGUGUGGUGAAGAAGGCGCAACAGCGCCUCUUCAACUUCAGGAGGCUGACGAAAUCUGUCUUGGCACCUAAGACCCUCACAACCUUUUACAGAUGCAGAAUUGAGAGCAUCAUGUCGGGCUGUAUCACCGCCUGGUACGGCAACUGCACCGCCCGCAUCCGCAGGGCUCUCCAGAGGGUGGUGUGGUCUGCCGAACGCAUUACCGGGGGCAAACUACCCGCCCUCCAAGGCACCUACAGCACCCGAUGUCACAAGAAGGCCAAAAAGAUCAUCAAGGACAUCAACCACCCGAGCCACUGCCUGUUCACCCCGCUAUCAUCCAGAAGGCGAGGUCAGUACAAGUGCAUCAAAGCUGGGACCGAGAGAAUGAAAAACAGCUUCUAUCUCAAGGCCAUCAGACUGUUAAAUAGCCAUCACUAGCCGGCUACCACCCGGUUACUCAACCCUGCACCUUAGAGGCUGCUGCCUAUUGAAAUCACUGGCCACUUUAAGAAAUGGAACACUAGUCACUUUAAUUAUGUUUACAUAUAUCUUGCACUACUCAUCUCAUAUGUAUAUACUGUAUUCUAUACUGCAUAUGGGUCUGGUAAAUUAAAAUGCUGCAGGUCAAAUGUCUGGUGCCACAUUUUCAUAACAGAAACCCUGACACACACACACACACUGCUGCGGGUGCUGCUCUGAGGCCAGCGUUAGCAACAGUUAUCAAACUGUCCAGGCAGUGUAGUGUUGCCAGAUUUCAUUGAUACUUUCUAGUAGAACCUGAGCCAAAAUCCCACCAACUCUACUAAAAGUAACCUCUUUGUAGGUGGUGUAAACUGCCCACUCUGGCAAUACAAGGGACAUAGUUUUUUUUCUUCCUGUAAGUAGGUUGGAGCAGCAAGAGCAUGCUGCAGAGAGAAGAGCGGGAAGAGAAGAGAGGGGUGAAAUGUGUUCAUGCACCCUUGACAGUCGGGGCAGUUGUUGCGUCUCAUAGCAACCAAAUAAACAAGCGAGGAUUGGUGACGUCACCCGUUCCUCUGUCUGUCAUUCCUGAGGGUUUGAGUCAUCACAGUCUGGACUGCCUAGCUCUGCUGCACCUUAUUUAAACACACGUAUGACAUACACUGAGAAAAGUGUACACACCCUUGCAAGCUUAAUUUGGCUACAGCCACUAGCAUUAACUCCCAGACAUAUAGUGAAGCUAAGUAGAGGGAACACAUUAACUCAGACACAUACUAAAGCUAGGUAGAGGGAGAAUUUGCAUGUAGUUGUGAAUGUACAAACAAUCCAAGACUCAGUUUCUUUAUGCCCAGUUGCACAGAUAUUUGGCAGUUACAGUUGAAGUCGGAAGUUUGAGAAAGAUCAUACUUUUUGGCCACAAUGACCAUCGUUAUGUUUGGAGGAAAAGGGGGGUAGCUUGCAAGCCGAAGAACACCAUCCCAACCGUGAAGCACAGGGGUGGCUCCAUCAUGCUGUGGGGGUGCUUUGCUUCAGGAGGGACUGUUACACUUCACAAAAUAGAUGGCAUCAUGAGGAAGGAAAAUUUUGUGGAUAUAUUGAAGCAACAUCUCAAGACAUCAGUCAGGAAGUUAAAGCUUGGUCGCAAAUGGGUCUUCCAAAUGGACAAUGACCCCAAGCAUACUUCCAAAGUUGUGGCAAAAUGGCUUAAGGACAACAAAGUCAAGGUAUUGGAGUGGCCAUCACAAAGCCCUGACCUCAAUCCUAUAGAACAUUUGUGGGCAGAACUGAAAAAGCGUGUGCGAGCAAGGAGGCCUACAAACUGGACUCAGUUACACCAUCUCUGUCAGGAGGAAUGGGCCAGAAUUCACCCAACUUAUUGUGGGAAGCUUGUGGAAGGCUCCCUGAAACAUUUGACCCAAGUUAAAAAAUGUAAAGGCAAUGCUACCAAAUACUAAUUGAGUGUAUGUCAACUUCUGACCCACUGGGAAUGUGUUGAAAUAAAUAAAAGCUGAAAUAAAUAAUUCUCUCUACUAUUAAUCUGACAUUUCACAUUCUUCAAAUAAAGUGGUGAUCCUAAAUGACCUAAAACAGGGAAUUCUUACUAGGAUUAAAUGUCAGGAAUUGUGAAAAAUUGAGUUUAAAUGCAUUUGGCUAAGGUGUAUGUAAACUUCUGACUUCAACUGUAUGUCAUAAUGAGCAUUGAUUUAUUGCACUAUUUCUCAUGGGGGUAGAUUUCUAAUCCAGAACUGUUUCUUCUAAUGGUAUUUUCUAAUAGAAAAAGCACAAACUCUAGUUUCUAUUUGUAGUAAAUGGAAUCUAGUUAAUGUGUACGGUUUCAAAAAAGCUUACAUAGGCCUACUCAUAAUGUCAACAUAGAUGUGUUUAACAUUUAAAUAAAAGAACACUAUGUAAGGUGUCCAGUUAAAAAUGUAUAUUUUAACCAAUUGGUAAAAUAAUUUUAAUUGUGUAGAUACUCCUCUAAGAAAACAGAUGGUCCAAAGCUCAUGUGUUAAUCCAUAAUCCAUUCAAAAGUAAUUUGGGUUUUUACCCUUGUAGGAUGGCCAAAAUUAGGGUGACCUAAAUCAGAAAAGUCCAGAGAGAAUAGAAAGUGGUCAAAUAUCUCAAAUACCCUUGCGUUAGCUUGGCUGGAUGCUGUGUGAUAAUUAACUGACAGGCUCACUGUUGAACUCGUCAUCUUUGUUCUCGAAUCCGAAGGACAUAAAGCAAUAUAAAUGACGUGGUGUUUUCAUAGUUUAGUAUACGCGUUUUAUAUUAAUGCAAAAUUCCUGUUCUAAGAUUUUUCACUAAAACAAAUGUAUCUGUGAAAUGUCAACGGAGCAGUGAGCGUACCGCAAGCUUUUUAUUUUCUAAGCCUUUUACAUUUAAUUCAGCUCGUGCGACCCACGGAAAUAACUUCGCAGACGACCACCACAUGUAAAAUCCUCAAGUUGCAGCAAGAAAGCGGCACCUCUGUCAAUAGAGCUUGGAAUUGCCAGGGAUCUCACGAUACGAUAUGAUCACGAUACUUAGGUGCCGACACGAUACGUAUUGUGAUUCUAUACGUAUUGCGAUUCGAUACUGUGAUUUUAUAUUGCGAUUUGAUGUUCCAAACAUAUUGCUCCCCAUAUGUCUGCUGCAGAGGGACAAGUGAGCCAUGAAAGAGUUCUGAUCAGUCAUAAAAAUAAAAGUGCUGAAAACAAAUUGGCUCCUUAUUUAAAAAGAUGGGUAGAAUCGGCUAUGAAGCAGGAAUUUUGGUGCAGUUACAGCCAACUAGCGCAAAAAUAAUAUUGCUAUAUUGUCAAAAAUAAUAUCCGUCAACAGAGCACGGUGCUUAUUAUCGUAUUUAUUAGGUUACGAAAUCUGACUUUUUGGAAAUUAUGUUAAUGAAAUGUUAGAGAAAGACCCCACUGAACGUUUCAGAACAUGAACAAUCAUAUUUGUCUUUUGUAAAAUGUAUUUAGUAACAUAAGGAAGUACAAUUUCAUUACUAAAUCGCGUUUUCACCCGCUGGGUAGAGGGCGGUUGGACAACCUACACCCCUCAAACUCAACUCUGGACCUCGAAGCCAGUUCCACUUUUUUCAUUGUAAAUCAGGGGACUGAUUUGGACCUGGGACACCAGGUGGGUGCAAUUACUUAUCAGGUUGAACAGAAAUCCAGCUGGCUCUGGACCUCGUAGGAUAAGAGUUGAAUAUAUUAUUAUAUUAUUAUUUGAAUACCCCUGCCCUACACUGUCCACAUCCUAUGAAAUUACAAAUUCUGCGUUAUAAUAUAACCUACAUAUGAACAAACAUUUUCCUAUUUUACCAUUGAGUUAUUAAAUAACCCAAGUUAAAUAUUUAUUCAGGCAGCCAUAGGCUGCAGAUGGAAUAAGAAGCUUAUAAUUGUGUAAUUAUAAGUCAAAGUGCCUUAACAUGUAACACGUAGCCUACCGAUUGCAAGUCUGGUCCAGACAUUCAACACGAUGGCCUUUACCACAUUUGCACCAUUAGCGUUAUGCACAGUUGCUGCUCCUCAUUCAGGCCCGAAGUGGCUAAAACUUAUCUCAAAAACCAUGAGCGAUGUCUUCUCCCUCGUGAUCUCAAACGAAUGUAGGGCUCGGUCGUUCUAUUAGACCAAAGGUCUGUUGUAUUCGCGUAAUAAUCAACAAAGCUCUGUUUCAACUUCUCCAUUAGCCUACUUUUGUUAGUGUUGUGAUGGCGACUUGGGAGAAAUAUGUGCAAGAUUUCAAUUUUAUUAGGAUCUCUUUUAGUCCUCAUUUGGACUAAUCUUCCAAGAGUCCUUUAAUCUUUAAAAUACAAUUUAUAAUAUGAUCACAUUUUCACAUAUAACACACUUACAGACAUAAUACACUGACAUAUUGACCAGAUAAAUACUCUAACGGUCUGAAAUGAUAGAUUGAUUCCUUCAUCUAUCAUAGUCCUGCACAACCUUCAAAUGUAUUAUAUUUAUAUGUUUCUAAAGUAUUAUUUGAAAGUAAAAUAUUGGAAGGUUUCUGGUUUGCUCAGAUAAAUUAUUAUUAAAUUAAAGAUGGAAUCUUGUAUCUCCUGUCCAGCUUUUUUAUCAUCUUGAAGCCGUCUUUGCUGACUGUGUAAAUAGGAAUUAUGUCUUUGGCUAGGUGAUAGGUGGGUGAUACUAGCCUUGGGGAAUUCUAUGUGUAGGCGGGAUGUUUUUUUAAUAGGGCAUUAAACUUAAAUGCCUCUGCAAUCAAUGCCUGCUUAACUUAGAUGGCUGGCUGUGGCUGAGGGGCUUUGCUGCUUUCUGACGCUUUUUCCACCAUGCAAUCGUCAUAAAGUAGGUGACGGUUCUUGUUGUCGCCAGAACUCUGAGGCAUAUUUUGCACAAUAGUUGCAUUUGGUUGACAUCGGUUUGCCUCUAGCCGAAAUACUGCUAUACCACUGAAGAUGCGCCCUUCUUCGGCACCAAAUCGAUGUUCUCAUUAGCACUUUGGUGUCUGCCGACACUCUGUGUAGACCUUUCUCUCCUCACCAGCAUCUAACAGCGCGCUCUAUGUGAGGACGCUUGUGAUUGGCCAGCAUGUGCAUGCCAUGCAGAGAGUGAGAGCCUGCUUGUGAUUGGUCAUGGUCUUUUGUGCAUGUAAAGAGUGAAUGAGUGGAGUCUAGUGCAUCUCAUUGGAGUAGGUAUCAUAGUCUAUUUUUUGUGUUAACGGAGUGUCAAAAAAAAUGGUUAAUGCACGUCAAUAUCACAAUUUCGAUCUGAAUUGGGUUAAUCGUGUAGCCCUAGCACAGACUGAUCUACUCUCCCACCACUCAUAUUAUUUAACCCAUAUGCUAAGGGAAUGCAUACACUGGGUGCAUCUGGACAAAUCUGACACACACUGCUCUGGCACAUAGAAAGCCCAACGGCUUGCAGCACGUGUCUUCUCUUGUCUGGAAGUCCUUGGUUUUCUCCCUGGGAACAGAAGGAAGUGUGUGUAUAGAAGGGUCAGUGGAUGUGUGUGAGGGUGUCUCUGGGUGGCGCAAAAGAGAGGCAGAUGGGCAGUGGGGGCCUGUGCUCUCCAUGUGGCUCUUUGUGUGUGUGUGUGCUCGCUCCCCCUCUCUCCAUGCGUCUCUUUCUCUCUCACUGAAAGGCUUUGGCCACUAAUUGUUGGAUUAGUGAAAGCUAUCCACCAAUGCCCCACCGCACCCAAUCAACCGCCACACACACACACACACACACGUGGGGAAUGUCUUUGAAUCAGUUGAUCGAUGGAGAGACACAUGGCGUUGCAGUCGACCAGGGUGUACCCAUUUCCCUUCUAUUGUUUUUACUUCUCUGGGUCAAUUUGCCCCGCCCUCCCCUCUCUAAUCCUAUUACAAUCCCCUCAGAAAAGGGUUAGAGGGACAAAGCUGUGCCAGGGUGAUCUUUGAAGGCUUGCCCCGUCGUGCGUUCUUCCUUUCUUUCACCUACAAAGUGUGGAAGUGUUUAGAGGGCUUGGUUGGGUAUGUUCUCUCUGUGCCAGUAAUAUCACGCACGCACGCACACACACUCACCUACUACAGUCAGUCAGUAUGACCUCAAUCAGCCCAAUCUCUGGCACAGACAACAGGCUACUGGGGAGUGUUUCAUUAUACAUAGCCUACUAGUCUAAUGUUCAGUUGCUUGAUGUGUCCAGCGUUUCAACCUUUUAACAUCACUACAUUGAAUGAAUUCCAAUAACAUUUUGAGGUUUCAACUAAUUGCAGAAUUUUGAGGUGCAGGAUUUUAGUCGAGACAGUUUCUGCUGUCAUCCCCAUAACAUUUUUAGGAUCAUUGCUUUUUACACACCAGAGGGCAAGUGAGCCGGGUGGCUUCACGUGACCUUUAGGUUAACCUUUUGAACUUUGACCUGGUGCCGUAUGGCUGACCCCCAACUAGCAGAUGGACUUUACUAGCCUUUCUUCUGAAAUGUGCACUUGUUCACUCCUCGUCAUGGAUUUAAAAGAGCAAUCUGCAGUUACUACAGGGCAAUUCCACGGUAACGGAAUUCCGCUAAGACUGUUUUCACUUUAUAAUGUAUACCAAACAAAAAACAUUGAUUUCAAAGUUUAACAAACCAUAUAACUAUAUGCACAAGGACUACUUUUAAUUUCCACUAAAAAUGUUACAAAAACACAUUCACAGGAAGAGCUGUGCAGAUACAACGUUUGGUAACAGAGUAAAACUGAGGGAGGUUUUACCUUUAUUAUGUUACCAAACUUUGCAUAUGCACAGUUUUUCCAGUAAAUGUUUGAUCAAUUUACAUAGUAAAUAAAAAAAAUACAAAGUAGUCAUUGUGCAUAGAGUUGUAUGGUUUGUUCAACUUUGAAAUCAAUGUUUUUCGUUUUGGCAUACAUUUGAACACAAUAACUGCUAAAGCAGUCAUUUGGACUGCAUUAGUAAAAUAUAGAAAUAUGACGCUGCCAUUUUUAAAGUAAUGCCCCCUCCGUCCUUGACUUUUCCAAAAUAAGUCUAUCACACUGUCGUUGUAAGAACAAACAGAACUGGAGUUAUAACCAGUUUAAGGAGGACAUGUCAUUUAAAAAAAUGGUUUUUGCCCUUCCUUCUCCUGACAGUAGGGCCUGUUCCGUUCCUUCUCCCGACCUUUGAAGGUGCCGUGCCCAGUUGAUCUUAGGUAGUUAACUUAAUAGUUGUAGCUGGCAAACAUUAGUAGUGAAUUUCAUAGGAAUCUCAUCACCUCACUUAAAUUGCGCUGCAGGAGUGACUCACCUCACGAAGUUCCCAUUUUGCUAGUUGUGCUUUUUUGUAAACAAACACACGUGACUGGCUGAAACUGCUGUUUUGGGAAACUAGUACUGGUAAGCUUCAUAAUGAAAAUGAUGAGCGCGAUCUGCGUUAUCUAUUACCUAAUGCACAAGUUGACUGCAGGUAUUUAUUAAGAAAGUACUAAUAUUCAAAGCCCAAAAAUGUCACAUACCAGAAUGCUAAAAAAUGAUAAGUACUAAGGAAUCAUCAUAGAGAAUGCUAACUAAAUGCUAAUGAGCGCAUUGCAAACAUUAUGUACAGUUUCUGACUUAAACUAUAGAAGUAUACAAGUAGUUAUAAGAUAUCUAGCUGGCAAACAUUUGAAUUCCUUACUGUAAUUAGAUCACCAGGCACAUGCUGCACAACAGUGAGUGACUGACAAGGCUCCUGGUCUCUGGUGGUUUUGACUGGGGUCUACCAUGAGCUACAUAAUGUGAUGGAUGAAAUUAAGAACACAAUGUUCUUUAUCUCCUAUCGUAUUGCACAAGUUGACUGCAGAUAUUUAAAAAGUAGUUUAGAAAACUACUUUCCAUGGUAUUGAAAAACCAUCCCAUGGCUUUUUCCAAAUACCCCGGUAUAUGGUAUACCACCCAAGCAUAGUAUGUACCGUCUAUUAGUCCCCCAAAUCCAAGCAGUCUUAUCAGUCUACGCUGGCCUACUUGGAGUACACAGGGGGAGCGUGCGUAAUUUACAAUGGCAAGAAGACCAAGACGAGUGGAUGCACAUGCUGCGUUAGCGUUGAUACAAAAUCUGAACGAAAAUGACUAAGAUGGUGGGAAAGAAAUUAGGGCUGGGAAUUACCAGGGACCUCAUGAUAUUAUCAUGAAACUUGUGUGCUGGUGCUAUAUGUAUUGCGAUUUUCACGAUUCCAUAUGUAUUGUGAUUCGAUACUGUGAUUUUAUUGCGAAUCGAUGGUCCAAACAUAUUGCUCGCUUAUAUGUCUGCUGCAGAGGGACAAGAGGGAGUCGUGAGAAAGUGUCAUGAGGUUUUAACAGUCAAAUUUGACUACCUGUUGUGUAUUGUCCAUCGGUGUGACAUAAUGUCCUACGGGGUGACACCUACAGUGGGGAGAACAAGUAUUUGAUACACUGCCGAUUUUGCAGGUUUUCCUACUUACAAAGCAUGUAGAGGUCUGUAAUUUUUAGCAUAGGUACGCUUCAACUGUGAGAGACGGAAAAUCACAUUGUAUGAUUUUUAAGUAAUUAAUUUGCAUUUUAUUGCAUGACAUAAGUAUUUGAUCACCUACCAACCAGUAAGAAUUCCGGCUCUCACAGACAUGUUAGUUUUUCUUUAAGAAGCCCUCCUGUUCUCCACUCAUUACCUGUAUUAACUGCACCUGUUUGAACUCGUUACCUGUAUAAAAGACACCUGUCCACACACUCAAUCAAACAGACUCCAACCUCUCCACAAUGGCCAAGACCAGAGAGCUGUGUAAGGACAUCAGGGAUAAAAUUGUAGACCUGCGCAAGGCUGGGAUGGGCUACAGGACAAUAGGCAAGCAGCUUGGUGAGAAGGCAACAACUGUUGUCGCAAUUAUUAGAAAAUGGAAGAAGUUCAAGAUGACGGUCAAUCACCCUCGGUCUGGGGCUCCAUGCAAGAUCUCACCUCGUGGGGCAUCAAUGAUCAUGAGGAAGGUGAGGGAUCAGCCCAGAACUACACGGCAGGACCUGGUCAAUGACCUGAAGAUAGCUGGGACCACAGUCUCAAAGAAAACCAUUAGUAACACACUACGCCGUCAUGGAUUAAAAUCCUGCUGCGCACGCAAGGUCCCCCUGCUCAAGCCAGCGCAUGUCCAGGCCCGUCUGAAGUUUGCCAAUGACCAUCUGGAUGAUCCAGAGGAGGAAUUAGAGAAGGUAGCGGGUGGCGCAGUGGUCUAAGGCACUGCAUCGCAGUGCUAACUGUGCCACUAGAGAUCCUGGUUCGAAUCCAGGCUCUGUCGCAGCCGGCCGCGACCGGGAGACCCAUGGGGCGGCGCACAAUUGGCCCAGCGUCGUCCAGGGUAGGGGAGGGAAUGGCCGGCAGGGAUGUAGCUCAGUUGAUAGAGCAUGGCGUUUGCAAUGCCAGGGUUGUGGGUUCGAUUCCCACGGGGGGCCAGUAUAUAUAAAAAAAUUAUAAUAAUAAAAAAUAAAAAAUAUAUAUAUAUGUAUUCACUAACUGUAAAUCGCUCUGGAUAAGAGCGUCUGCUAAAUGAUGUAAAUGUAAAAUGUAAUGUGGUCUGAUGAGACAAAAAUAGAGCUUUUUGGUCUAAACUCCACUCGCCGUGUUUGGAGGAAGAAGAAGGAUGAGUACAACCCCAAGAACACCAUCCCAACCGUGAAGCAUGGAGGUGGAAACAUCAUUCUUUGGGGAUGCUUUUCUGUAAAGGGGAUAGGACGACUGCACCGUAUUGAGGGGAGGAUGGAUGGGGCCAUGUAUCGCGAGAUCUUGGCCAACAACCUCCUUCCCUCAGUAAGAGCAUUGAAGAUUGGUCGUGGCUGGGUCUUCCAGCAUGACAACGACCCGGAACACACAGCCAGGGCAACUAAGGAGUGGCUCCGUAAGAAGCAUCUCAAGGUCCUGGAGUGGCCUAGCCAGUCUCUAGACCUGAACCCAAUAGAAAAUCUUUGGAGGGAGCUGAAAGUCCGUAUUGCCCAGCGACAGCCCCGAAACCUGAAGGAUCUGGAGAAGGUCUGUAUGGAGGAGUGGGCCAAAAUCCCUUCUGCAGUGUAUGCAAACCUGGUCAAGACCUACAGGAAACGUAUGAUCUCUGUAAUUGCAAACAAAGGUUUCUGUACCAAAUAUUAAGUUCUGCUUUUCUGAUGUAUCAAAUUCUUAUGUCAUGCAAUAAAAUGCAAAUUAAUUACUUAAAAAUCAUACAAUGUGAUUGUCUGGAUUUUUGUUUUAGAUUCUGUCUCUCACAGUUGAAGUGUACCUAUGAUAAAAAUUAGACCUCUACAUUCUUUGUAAGUAGGAAAACCUGCAAAAUCGGCAGUGUAUCAAAUACUUGUUCUCCCCACUGUAUAAAUGAAAGCGGAAAAAAAGUAUCGGAUAAAAUGUAAAAAGAAUUGUUAAGCAUGAGGCAGGUAACGUUAUAAUAAUUCACAAGUAAAUAAUUGCUUUUUAUCUACCUUUAGUGAAAUUACUGUGAAUUGUACCCAAAAUAGCGAGAUGCUUGGUUAUCCUCAUUAUGCAAGGAAAUCAUGUGUUUUUCAUUUUAAAUGCAAGAAUAGGAUUACUGAUUUUAAAGACAGAAGUAACUAAGUAAUGACAAAAUAUUUUGUUCUUUUUGGGAAUCAUCAAACCUUUAUAUUCACAUUCAUUGUAAUGUCACAGGCACUAAUGCAUGAAACGGUUCAUUAAAUUGGAUACAAACUCAAAAUUGAAGCUGGCCAUAUAACAUUUUGAGUUGUUUAGACAUAUACUGAACAACAAUAUAAACGCAACAUGUAAAGUGUUGGUCCCAUGUUUCAUUAGCUGAAAUAAAAGACCCCAGAAGUUUUCCGUAUGCACAAGAAGCUUAUUUCUCUAAAAUGUUGUGCACAAAUUUGUUUACAUGCCUGUUAGUGAGCAUUUCUCCUUUGCCAAGAGAAUCCAUCCACCUGACAGGUGUGGCAUAUCAAGAAGAUGAUUAAACAGCAUGAUCAUUACACAGGUGCACCUUGUGCUGACUGCUGUUUGGAGUCGUAACCAACCUCAGUGGGUAAAUGCUCACCUUCGAUGGCCACUGGCACACUGGAGAAGUGUGCUCUUCACAAAUGUAUUCCGCUUUCAAAUGUACUGGGCAGAUGGCAGACAGCGUGAAAGUCGUCGUGUGGGCGAGCAGUUUGCUGAUGUCAAUGUUGUAAACAGAGUGCCCCAUGGUGGGGGUGGUUAUUGUAUUGUCAGGCUUAAGCUACGGACAACAAACACAAUUGCAUUUUAUUGAUAGCAAUUUGAACACACAGAGAUACCGUGACAAGAUCCUGAGGCACAUUGUCAUGCCUUCAUCCGCCGCCAUCACCUCAUGUUCAGCAUGAUAAUGCACAACCCCAUGUCACAAGGAUCUGUACACAAUUCCUGGAAGCUGAAUGUCCCCGUUUUUGCAUGGCCUGCAUACUCACCAGACAUGCCACCCAUUGAGCAUGUUUGGAAUGCUCUGGAUCGACGUGUACGACAGUCUUCCAGUUUCCGCCAAUAUCUAGCAACUUCGCACAUCCAUUGAAGAGGAGUGGAACAAAAUUCCACACUCCACAAUCAACAGCCUGAUCAACUCAAUGUGAAGGAGAUGUGUCGCACUGCAUGAGGCAAAUGGUGGUCACACCAGAUACUGACUUUUCUGAUCCACGCCCCUACUUUUAUUUUUAUUUUUUUGGUGACCAACCGACGCAUAUCUGUAUUCCCAGUCAUGUGAAAUCCAUAGGUUAGGGUCUAAUGAAUGUAUUUCAUUUGACUAACUGUAACUUGGUAAAAUCUUUGAAAUUGUUGAAUGUUGCGUUUAUAUUUUGUUUAGUGUAGUUUAUUGUAACAUUGUUUUUUAACUUUAAUUUUAGAGGAAAUUAUUUAUUUUUGUUCUGGCUAUAUGGAACCCACCCUUGUACAGAUUUGAAACAACAAAGGGCAAACAGUCAUCUGAGGGAUGACGUGAAGACUUGUGGUCAUCCAGCAGAGCAGAGACGUAGACCAGACAGGCAACUGGUCCAACAAAAGUCCUCUCUUGGUGGUAUAGCCGGCCAUCCCGUCACAAAGGUGCUUGAGGUCACCAGACCAGGGUGAGUGGCGCGCAAGCGGCCAGUGCAGGCUGUGAGGCAGUUCUGGAAGAGGGUAGCCAACAGGAUGCGGCGGUGGAUCCGGUGGCCCUGGAGAAAGCUGUGGCACCGCUGUGAGGGACUCCACAGCAGGGCUCAGAUCUGAGAUCGGGGCUAAUGGUGAAGCUGAGGUGGAAGGGUAAAGUGUCUCGCAUCUUCUGAUAUCUAGCGUCACGGAGCUGGUCGCGCUGGCGCUGCAGAACCUCCGUUCUCCCACUCUAAUACAUCUUGCAGUUGUAAGAAGAAAGAACUAUAGAAGGACUGAGAUGGUCAGGUGCUAACUGGCAGUUCCCAUCAGGUAAGUACUGGCGAAGGUGGACUGUAGGAGCCUUCCAUCUUCCUGACUUGGAGAAAAAUCUGGCCUUAAUGGCCAUGUACUGUUAUAAUCUCCACCCGGCCACCCCUCAGAGCCUGGUUCCUCUCAAGGUUUCUUCCUAGGUAUCUGCCUUUCUAGGGAGAUUUUCCUAGCCACCGUGCUUCUACAUCGGCAUUGCUUGCUGUUUGGGGUUUUAGGCUGGGUUUCUGUAUAGCACUUUGACAUCUGCUGAUGUAAAAAGGGCUUUGUAAAUACAGUGAGGGAAAAAAGUAUUUGAUCCCCUGCUGAUUUUUGUACGUUUGCCCACUGACAAACAAAUUCAGUCUAUAAUUUUAAUGGUAGGUUUAUUUGAACAGUGAGAGACAGAAAAACGCAUGUCAAAAAUGAGUGUUCCUAAUCUCAGCUUGUUACCUGUAUAAAGACACCUGUCCACAGAAGCAAUCAAUCAAUCAGAUUCCAAACUCUCCACCAUGGCCAAGACCAAAGAGCUCUCCAAGGAUGACAGGGACAAGAUUGUAGACCUACACAAGGCUGGAAUGGGCUACAAGACCAUCGCCAAGCAGCUUGGUGAGAAGGUGACAACAGUUGGUGCGAUUAUUCGCAAAUGGAAGAAACACAAAAUAACUGUCAAUGCUAAACUUGGCGAUCUCUGGUCGAGGUUAGCCUGAGGUGGGAACUCUGGAAAAAGCAAUCGAUGAAAAGGCUGAGGCUCUGUUCUCUAUUCUGCUGGUCAGCCUGGUGGUGACUUGGACCGGUGAUGAGUUAUUGAAGGGGAAGAAGGCCACUUUGACUGCAGUAUGUCACGUCGCGAGUUCUCAAUAGAACCCUCUAGCUGCUCUCCCUCGUAGGAGUGGUGUGUGGAUGUGUGUGUGGUAGUCUGUGCCUUGACUCUUCACCAUAGUAGUUGUAAUCGUUGAGAUAUUGUGGCAGGUGAUUCAGUCGGCGCAGACGGACCACAUCUUGUGGAGGAUCUUCUCUGUUAACUGGCAUCCUUGAGCUCUAGUGCUCACUGUUGUAUCCUGCUCGUAAGGACCAUGAACAAUAUGGGUAGGGUUGUAGAGAAUCGAAGGACCAUGAAUGUAAUAAGAAACCUUAGGUGCUGGCUUAAGGCCGGUAGCAACCACUACAGAAUGUCCGGUCAGAACAAGGAUGAGGCGGAUGUCCAGCUUAAGGGGGGUUUAAUGGAAGAAAAUGUCCACAUUCACACAUCACACACACAUCUGACUACUCAUGGUUCAGAUAACUGAGAAUCCUAUCCAGUGAGAACUGACAUUAAUUAUGGUUCUGAAAGGAAAGAGGAUAAAGAACUUACGCGAGAGCACUGCUAUAAUAGGAAAAAAAGUCUGUACAAGCUAGCUCAGGUAAAGUACAACAGCACAUGCUAUACACUACAGCAGGCUUAAGUCCUAGUCACAUUGCAAUAACCUACACAGGCUAGGGAACUUGUAGACAUUCUAAACAUAGGUAAAUGUACUAAAUAAACAGUACAAGAGUGUAGGUACAUCUACAUAACAUAAACGGCAUGAGCAAUUUACACCAAUAGAAAUAGUCUAGCAACACCACAAAUGACUAAUGCUAAAACAGCUAACAUCGCUAAUAGGCAUGCUAAAUACCGACGCGUUCUGAUUGAGAAACGCUAACGCUAGCGAGCUAGCUAACAAGCUCAAUAUAAAUGGUAAUUAUAAACAAUAGGCAAUCUUUAGCUCCGUAAACAACAAGGCUGAAAGAUCUAAGGCACUUACUUGUAGAUGCACGCACAAUAAAAUGUCAGACGGCAAAGGAAAUGUCCACAAUAAGGAAAAGGUAGCAGCAGGGUAAAGGGUGGUGCUCGUCAGGAUGGAAAGCACAACUGAAAUUAUCUGACUUCUGCCGUGCUUGGGGUCCUUCUGAACGUCCCUGAUUAGCGAACAUGUAUUGACUGGCGUGACCUUAACCAAUAAGAAAUUAAAUUAGUUAGGACCUGCUGAAUGGGGGCAGAACUGCUCGUCUAAAAACACCAAUAGAGUGUGCUAGAACAGCUGACUGAAGCUGUCUGUUUUAACACCUACUGUAACAAACUAAUAAAUGCUAUUGUGUUAUAAAAAAAACAUGUUACCUUCAUAAACACAACCAAAUGAUAAUUUUUGUAAUAGCAUAUAUGACAUUUAUUAAUUACACUGUUAGAAUGUUGCAGUCAGAAUGACUGACUGCUCAUUAGCUUGAAGGGGGGUCCCUCGAGGUCCAGCGGUUCUAGUGUUAAAGUGUGGAAUUACCCUACAGUAAAUGUAAACAAACAAUGUAUAGCCUCAAAACACAGUUAAAACUAUAAUUCUCAUAUCAUGGAUGGUCAGUCCUUGCAUCCAUAGCUCUGUCUAUGAAGUUGAGGGGUUACAUUUCUCCAGCACCAUCCCUCAGCCUUUGCUUUGUUUUAACUGCGUAGAAUUGUGAAAGUAGUAAAAUGUGAACCCCCAUAACCCAUUGUCCAGGGUCUGUCUGCCUGGCAGCCCUCUGUGGAGGUACAAAGCCUACACAGCACUGCUACUGUUGGGGGAGCUGAAGGAAGCCGCCAGAUGUCUGGUAUGGUACCCUAUUACCUAUAUAGCAAAUAUGGUACCAUUCCAUUACCUAUGUAGUGCAAUAAUCAUGUUUACCUUAUAUUCGUGAAAGACUGGCUGGGGAGUGGGGAUGUGAACACUGAAAGCCCACCACAGCCCAUUAUCCUGUCUGUCUGUCUGGCCCUCAGUGGUCAUACACAGCACUGCUAUUGAAAUAGAAGAACUUCUACUGUUGGAGCAAGUGGAGGCUUCAUCCCGGAAGGCUCCAGACCAGACCGGCGUCCUAGUCAAACCACUUGUCAUCAGUCAGAUGUGCCUAGAGCAGACAGUCAGUCUGGCUGCUGCAGCAGCAUCGCCUCUGCAGUUAAAGGGAUAGUUCAACAUUUUGGCAAUUAAGCCAUUUUUUCUACUUACCCAGGUAAGAUGAACUCAUGGAUACCAUUUGUAUGUCUCUGUGUUCAGUUUGAAGGAAGUUGAAGGUAGUUUAUCGAGCCAUUGCUAACUCUUAUAGCGUCAGCAUGCUUCAGUUCGGCUGGCGCCGAACCGAACGAGUGUGCUCGCAUACUCCCUUAAAUGACCUUUGCUUGAAAAACAAGAAAAAAGCUGCAACAGUACUGUUUGUCAAUUUUUUUUAGAUGUCGUGGCCAGAAUACACUUCCUCAAAAUAGUCAGAAUUAAUCUAAGAUAACUCAAGAAAUCUGUCAUUAAUUUGGAUGUUUUUGCUGAAGAGAUCUUAGUCAUGCAAUUUUAUGCAUGACUAACUGUUUGGUGCAGUAUUUUUCAAUGAAUAAAUGUGCAUUAAAAUGAAUCGUCUCUCGUUGAAUGACAAAUAUUUAAUUGAAGAAUCAUUGAUGAAGGGGUGUAGACUUUGGCUCCGAACUUCGGCUUGCCUCCAAGAAAAAGGUGUGCCCGAACAGUCCAAAGCAAACAAAAACAUCAGAAAAUGUUGUCAUAAUGUAUGAACGAACUCUACCGAACUGUUUCGGCUGGGAAGCAUGCGGACGCCUUUAGGGAUGCGCUUCUCUCCUUUCAUGAACGAUUCGAUACCUCUAGAUGCAUGGGCUACGGUACAUUUUAGUUUGAAACGAUUCGGUGCGAUUUGGUUUAAUUAGGGGAACAAAUUGAUGCGAUUCGAUACAAUGCCGUUUCUUUUGUUGCAUGAACACAUCUAACAUUUUAAACUAAUAUCUGCUGCUGAUGGGAGCUCAGGAGCUGGGCUUCUGAGCUGGAUCUGUCUGAGAUUACUCCUCUGAGCUGAGUGGCUGUGUGUGUGUGUGUGUGUAGGCACCUGAGUUGAGACUUUGGGCAGAUUAGGGGUGGUGGAAAUGUAUGCUUUUUGACCCCCCCCCCCCCCACACACACACACACACACUUUUUUAUCUGAAAUCACCAUCACCCACUGAUUAACUUGUCAUUUUUGCAGAUUGAAAAUGUUUUGAGCUAGUAUUAUGUCAAUAUUUAUAUUUAGAACAGCUGUCUCUCGCACUGUGCACACAGUUAUCUGACAGUCAUACAUGGUUAUAAAAGUUUGAUAUACCACUGAACUGAAAGAUGACACCUCUUAUCUGUUGUGACUGAAUUGAUGAAUUUUCGGAAUAAAACGAUGACUAAAAAACAUUAGUGAACUGGGGAUUGGUAAUGUUUAAAUCGCUUUUCUGACCGAAGAAUGCAUAAUUUGAAUCGGUUUAGGCUCCCACAGACCGAUGCACUCAUAUCUUAAACAUUUGUACAGGGACCGAUGUCAAUUGGUGAAUCGUUACAUCCCUACUAAUUCCAGUAAUUUACAUAUCAUUUUCCAGUUUUUUUCUCUGACCACACCCCUCAUCACCUCCACAGGACGUUUUUCAUUGCAGAUACUAGAUUAGUUUCCAUAGAAUCCCCACUAAAAAUAACCCAACUCUUUUCCCACAGGCAGGUCAAUCCAUCAAAAGAUGGUUCGAGGCAUCAGAGAUGCGAGGUGGAAGACUUUUGGGACGAGCCCAGCGAGGAAGAGGAAGCUCUGUAUGGCACGUCUCCCCCCUACACCCCCCGGCAUUUGAAACGCAUGUCGGGGAAACACCAGAAGAACAGCCAGGCCAGGUCGGCUGGACGCUCCCCGGCUGGACGCUCUCCUUGCAAGAGUAAGUUAGGGGAUAAGAUGGAGGCAGUGGUCACAGAGUCCGAGGUAGAGAGGACAGGGGUGCGUAGUGUCGUAAACAUGUCAGGCAAACACCAUAGAAACAGUCAGUGCAGGUCGUCUUGACGCUCCCCCGCUGGAAGGUCUCCUAACAAGGGUAAUCUAAACCUAAUCUACCUGUUAAUGCCAAUUUAUACCCUACGUAGACUGACCCUACAGAGUGUAGCGCAGUUUAGUUUUUCAUCACAAGAGGCGGGUCCUAGUAGUGUGCUCUGACAUUCGACAUACUCCUGUGCCACAUGAAAAUAUUAACACGCCGUAUCAUUCAUUGAGUAGCUGUGGGUCAGUGUUGUGUAGCCUUGAUCUGAUCUAUAGGCUAUGCAUCAAAGUAGCCUAUUUUGCAUUGAUAAGCAAAUAUAAUCCCAGCGACUAUUCAAACAGCAUUGUAUCUUUAUUAGAAUAACUAGUGAUUCCAGGCUAUUUGUAAAAACCGUUGCGAGAUGUGCUUUUUCUCUGCGACCUAAACAUGACAUUCUAUUUUCAGCUGAUAUGGAAGCUAAUACGUUCAAGCAGCAUAUUAAACUGGGAUAAUGUUGUAGGUUACACUGGCAAGUAAAGAAUAUUUGCAAAGGCAUAUUAUUUAAUUAUAAAUCUUCUUAUUUCACAUGGGGAGAUGUGGGAAGCUAAAAGGCUAGCUUGCUUGCUGUUUUUAGUCAGCUAGCUAGCAAGCUGCUAGCGGAGUAGUCUACAGCCAACUGGCAGGCACAGAAUGAGGUAAUGUAAAACAAACCUAAACUUUCAUUACAUGUAGCUAUUAUUCAAAUAUACAGUUGGUUUUCAUUGAAAUUAGCUAACAGUGGUGAUAUUUUAAACGUGAUUCUUCUCUGCUUUUACCACAAAUGGGAAGACGACAAGAAGGAAAUCUCUGCUAUCGCCCCCUUGUGUAUGUUGCUAUUCGGGUGUCUAGGAACACAUGGACUGGUGAGGGUAUCAUGUUACAAAAAGCUCCAAAAAAUCUGACUCCACUCAAGAACACGCACAUAGAUCUAAAUAUGUUUAGGGUAACUGUAAAUAAUAUUUGUUGGUAUGUGGUGUGUAAUGAGGAGCAACCAGAUGCUGCACUUGAGACAUUUAUGAAAUUGCUUAUUCCAGUUACUAAUAAGAAAAUGACAGGAAAAAUGGUAAAUCCCCUUGGAUUGAUGAGGAAUUGAAAAAUUGUGUGGUUGAGAGGGAUAAGGCAAAAGGAAUGACAAAUAAGUCUGUCUGCACAACCGAUUGGCAAACGUACUGCAAAUUGAGAAAUCAUGUGACUAAACUGAAUAAAAAUAAGAAACUAUACUAUGAAACAAAGAUGAAUGAUAGUUAAAAGUUUUGGAGCACCUGAAAUGAAAAUGUGGGCAAAAAGGCAAACUCAGCUCCAUCAUUCAUUGAAUCAGAUGGCUCAUUCAUCACAAAACCCACUGAUAUUGCCAACUACCUUAAUGUUUUUUUAAUUGGCAAGAUUAGCAAACGUAGGCAUGACAUGCCAGCAAGAAACGCUGUCACCACAUCCAAGUAUAACUGAUUAAAUUAUGAAAGACAAUCAUUGUAAUUUUGAAUUACGUAAAGUGAGUGUGGAAGAGGUGAAAUGGUUAUUGUUGUCUAUCAACAAUGACAAGCCACUGGGGUCUGACAACUUGGAUGGGAAAUUACUGAGGAUAAUAGCGGACGAUAUUGCCACUCCUAUUUGCCAUAUCUUCAAUCUAAGCCUACUAGAAAGUGUGUGCCAUCAGGCCUGGAGGGAAGCAAAAUUAAUUCUGCUACCCAAGAAUAGUAAAGCCCCCUUUACUGGCUCAUAUAGCCGACCAAUCAGCCUGUUACCAACCCUUAGUCAACUUUUGGGAAAAAUUGUGUUUGACCAGAUAAAAUGCUAUUUUACUGUGAACAAAUUGACAGCAGACUUUCAGCACGCUUCUAGGGAAGGACAUUCAACAAGCACCGCACUUACACAAAUGACUGACUGCUUGAGAGAAAUUGAUGAUAAACGAUUGUGGGAGCUGUUUUGUUAGUCUUCAGUGCGUCUUUUGACAUUAUCAAUCAUAGUGUGCUGCUGGAAAAACAUGUGUUUAUGGCUUUACACACCCUGUUAUAUUGUGGAUAAAGAGUUACCUGUCUAACAGAACAGAGGGUGUUCUUUCAUGGAAGCCUUCAACAUAAUCCAGGUAGAAUCAGGAAUUCCGCAGGGCAGCUGUCUAGGCCCCCCCCCCCCCCUUUUUAAUGUAUUUAUCUUUACUAAUGACAUGCCACUGGCUUUGAGUAAAGCCAGUGUGUCUAUGUAUGCGGAUGACUCAACACUAUACACGUCAGCUACUACAGCGAGAGGUGCAGUUUCAGAAUGGGUGGCAAGAAAUAAAUUAGUCCUAAAUAUUUCAAACUUAAAGCCUUGUGUUUGAGACAAAUCAUUCACUAAACCCUAAACCUCAACUAAAUCUUGUAAUAAAUAAUGUGGAAAUUGAGCAAGUUGAGGUGACUAAACUGCUUGGAGUAACCCUGGAUUGUAAACUGUCAUGGUCAAAACAUGUUGAUUAAACAGUAGCUAAGAUGGGGAGAAGUCUGUCCAUAAUAAAGCGCUACUCUGCCUUUUUAACAACACUAUCAACAAGGUAGGUCCUACAGGCCCUAGUUUUGUCGCACCUGAACUACUGUUCAGUCGUGUGGUCAGGUGCCACAAAGAGGGACCUCUGAAAAUUACAAUUGGCUCAAAACAGGGCAGCACGGCUGGCACUUAAAAGUACACGGAGAGCUAACAUUAAUAUGUAUGUAAAUCUCUCAUGGCUCAAAGUGGAGGAGAGAUUGACUUCAUCACUACAUGUUUUUGUUAGAAGUGUUGACAUGCUGAAUGCACAGAGGUGUCUGUUUUUAAACUAGUAGCACACAGCUCGGACACCCAUGCAUACCCCACAAGACAUGCCACCAGAGGGCUCUUCACAAUCCCCAAGUCAAGAACAGACUAUGGGAGGCGCACAGUACUACGUAGAACCAUGGCUACAUGGAACUCUAUUCCACAUCAGGUAACUGAUGCAAGCAGUAGAAUCAGAUUUUUUGAUAAAUAAUAGAUUAAAAAUACACCUUAUGGCACAGCGGGGACUGAAGAGACACACAGACAAUGCUUACACAUAAGACACGCACUCUACACACAUGUACACAUGGAUUUUGUAUUGUAGAGUAGUGGCCUGAGGGAACACACGUAAUGAGUUGUGAAAAGGGUAAUGAAAUGUAAAGUAAUGUAUAUAACUGCCUUAAUGUUGCUGGACCCCAGGAAGAGUAGCUGCUGCCUUGGCAGCAGCUAAUGGUGAUCCUUAAUACAUACAAACCAACUUAGUGGCCAAUGUUUGGAAUGAGCAAGUAGCAGUGAGUAAAGUAACCACAGCAUGUAGAUUUUCUUGAGGGGAAAGGUUCUGUUAUUGUAUUGGUUAGAAUAAGUAUUGAUUUUUCCUCUCUCAUUCUGUAUCUCAGUAGACAAUCAGCCAGCCCCUUCCAGUCCAUCCCAGCCCCAGAGAGAGAGGGAGCCCAACCCUAACCCCAACAGGCCCAGAGAGGGGGCCGAGCGAGACCGAGAGAAAGACCCCCACCUCCACCCCCCAGAGGCUGAGCAACAUAACUACAAGCUGGGCAAGAAACAGACCGACCCUUCUGAGGGGAUCCAAGUAAACAUAAACAAACAAGUAAACAAACAAACCGAGGAGCAACAACACAACUACAAGCAGGGUAAAAAACAACGCGCCACCCUGCGCUCCACCGAGAGAGACCACAAGAAGACCUUUGAAGGUUCCUUCGUGCUGGACCCGCUCUCCAAGACCUCCAGCCACUUCGGUGGAGGCUCAGCCCUCAACAUGGACCCCAGGAAACCCUACCUAUCGCUGGGCUGCGGCAGCGGCAAGCUCCUGGUCACUAUGCCCCACCCCAUGGCCCACCGCACCCACCGCCAGACCUCAAGGACAGACUGCCCUGCAGAUAGACUCAAGUUCUUUGAGACGCUGAGGUUGUUAUUGAAGCUGACUUCCAUGUCGUCCAAGAAGAAGGAAAAGGAGCAGCGCGGUCUGGAGAACACUGCCUUCAUGGGCCAGAACAACGAGGUAGCUAUGGAUUGAUUUAUGGAUUGAUUAAUGCUAUCUUAUGGUGAUGUAUAUCAUGUAUAGCAGUUUUAUAUGUGUGCUGACUCGCUCUCUCUCCAUCCCUCCCUCUCUCCAGGUGGUGUGGCUGGAGCUCCAGGCGUGGCACGCGAGACGCUCCGUCAACGACCAGGAUGUGUUCCUGUUCACGGCUCGUCAAGCAAUCCCAGACAUCAUCAACGAGGUGCUCCACUUCAAGGUCAACUACCACAGCCUGAGCCCCAGCACUGUGGGCCUGGGACAACUGAGCCUGGGGGUGGGGGUAGGAGGACCAAGUAUGGGUGGAGCCCAGAGGACUCUAGUGUUAACAGAACCAGGCUGUGGAGGCCCAAGCCAGGGGCCCAAACAGAGAACUUCAAACCAGGCCUCAGAGACUGUUUCUGGGCAGGAGAGGGACUCCAACCAGCCUGCUGCUGUUGGCGCUCCAAAGACUAACCAUAACCACGUUGCUUCAGUCGACCCAUGGGGCUUCAGCGCCUGCCCCUCGGCGGUAGACGCAGCGGCUCCCCUGGGCUCCGGGGCGGGGUGCAGGGAGCACCUCCAGCGCCAGCGGCUGGCCUUCGAGCAGGUUAAACGGGUGAUGGAGCUACUGGAGUCGGUGGAGGCGUUGUACCCGUCCCUGCAGACCCUCCAGAAGGACUAUGAGAAGUACGCAGCCAGGGACUUCCAGGGCAGGGUGCAGGCACUCUGUCUCUGGCUCAACAUCACACAGGUAAGGACUGGAUUGAUUGACCGAAAGGAGGGUUUACACACAUUCAAAAUAACAGGAGAGGGACAGUAGAAUGCAAAGAAAAGCGCAGUAAGCAGUCACAGUAACUUUAUAAAUAAAUUACCUUUGGGGUCAGCAAAACAGCAGACAUUCCCUUUUUUGUGACAACCGCUGAUGUAAAAAUUGCUUUAAAAGUACAUUCAAAGAAAUAACAGGAGCUGGACAGUAGUAGAGAUCCAAUGCAUGGAGAAAUGGUAAUGUCCUCUCACUAGCAAAACAAUGAGCUAUUUUCUGUCAUCUGUGUUCCUGGGUGGCUUACUUGGUAGAACAUUGCGAUUGCAACACUAGGAUCCUGCUGGGGCAACUAAUACGAAAAUGUAACCAUUAUGAGUACUGUAAAUCGCUUUGUAUGAAAGCGUCUACUAAAUGGUAUUUGUUAUUAUAUUUUCACUUAGGAUCUGAACCAGAAACUUCGUGUUAUGGCGACUGUCCUCGGCCUCCGGGACCUUUCCCGUAUCGGCUGGCCCGUCUUCGAGAUCCCCUCGCCACGCUGUUCCCGCGGCAAUGACGAGGAAGACGAGGAUGAAGAAGACGAGGAGAACGACUCCACGGCAACCUUCACCGCCGGUGACAGCGAUGGGGAGGACAGGGACCUAGCGGGGGAGGAGGGGGAAACUGGUGAGCCCAGAGGGGGCGAAACGACAGGUGAGCCGGGAGAGGGAGAAGGUGAACUCUCCCCCUCUUUGACUCCUAAAUUCACCCGGUUACUACUAUCUGAGGAUGAAUUUCUCCCAGCGGCCGGGACAGGGACUAUGGAAGUGGUAUCGGGGGGAACAGGGACAGGAGGGAUGUACUGCCCUACAGCCAUCUUCAGACCCUUCGUAGAUAAGGCCUUGAAACAGAUGGGGCUGAGGAAACUGAUCCUGAGACUACACAAGCUGAUGGACCCCUCCCUCCAGAGGUCCCGGGCAGCUCUGCUCAGCCACACGCCUGCACAGGAGGUAAGAGAGAGCUGUCAUAUGGUUUUAUAUAGGAGAAGGUUACAUAUGAACAUCCAAUGUCUUUGAGCAGGUGAUGGAUGAUAAAAAGGAUAUUAGAGGGAGAGACUCUGCACAUUGCAAUUGAUGUUCCUAUGUCAGUUUUUCUCAAACUCUGUCCUGUGGACCCCAAGGGGUGCACGUUUUGGUUUUUGCCCUAGCACUACACAGCUGAUUCAAAUAACAGGGGUUGCGUUAGAGUUCAGAAAUGUGCAUUUUCAUAAUGCAGACUUUCAAAAAAUCUGCAUUUUAAACCAUUUCAUCUGUGUUUUAUAUUGAAGGUCAAGUGUUUUUUUUUUUGCUUCAAUAGAGUAAUCGGGGGCAUGCAACUAUAGUUUUCCAUCACAGAAAAAACAUGAGUGCAACACAUUCGGCAGAAAAUAUCAGAUGACAACAGCAGUUCAACGCUAUUUGGCUAGCAGCCACAAGUAAAUGAGCUUAAUGAAAAAGCAAGGUAUUUUUUGCAGUAAUGAUGCAUGGCCAUCCUAUUUCUAAUGUUUAUCAUAGAAAGAAUGUAGCCAGCUACGUUUCCUAAUGUUUUGCUUGAAGUUAAUCUGGCAUUUUACCAGAGAACUAGGCUGGCUACACUGAGAAAAGUACUGGAGAAAAGUAGCUGAUAGAUGAGAAUUCAGAAAUGGGCAUUCUGAGUGGAGAAGUGCAACUGAAGCACAAAAUUAGUCUGAUGCUGAGCAGAAAUUACAAUAAGAAGCAUUUUAAAUCUGUGUUUACAAAACACAGCAAGAUAUCUCUUAUGCGUUUUUAUAUUUUUUGUUGUGAAAAACACAUUUUUCUCAUGACCAACGCUGUCCUAUGUGGUUAAUUGUUGACAUGACAACUUCUUCCACUAUGUUUCGAGACCCGAUGAAGACCUGAGGGGUCGAAAGGUUGUCGCCAAUAAUCCACAUGGAAGCUUAGAUUGCAGUGUGUCGAGUCUCUAUCAUUUGUCUAAUAUGGCGGGGUUUUCAAACCUCUCCAGAGUCAACAGGCGUUCCAUGUAUUUGAUCUAUUCCAGAGCUAGCACACCUGAUUCAAGCCCUUGAUAAGGUGAAUCAUGUUAGCUAGUUAAAGGAUACAACAAUAUUGUGAAAUGUAUGGGGGUCCCCGAGCAGUGGUUUGAAAACCCCUGUAAUAUGGAUUUCACACGAUCAUGCCCAACCGAACCAUAAAGUGCAGGCUCAGAUAUUUUGUUUUCACAAUGUAUUUUUCAUCACAGUUCCAGCAACUAUGGUGGGAUGCAUAAUUAGUCCAGCCCAGUACAGCUCAGCUUAGCUUGGUUUGGCUCUGUGUUUUUGGAUAGUUUGUUCACAGAGCUGCACUGUGGCUAUUGUGAGGUUGCAAAAUGAGAGGGAAGUGCUUGAUACAUGAUAUGCACCUUGAAAAUAACCAUCAUAAAUUGGAUUGUACAGGCCUAUAUGCAUUUUAAUCAUGAAGGGCUUAAUGGAGCUUGUUCUUGUUUACUUUCUGUCAAAUUGAAGGCUAGUUACAUUUUGCAUAGCAAAUAUGAAUGCAAAUCAUGCAAUGUUUAUUUUUUUACAGUUUCACAAAUUAACUUAAUUCAUAUAUAAAUACAGUUAAAUUGAUUUCCAACUAAGCUGCCACUGUACUGCAUGGUGCUUUCCUGAUAAUUUGCCAUUUCAAAGUCCUCCUGACUAGUCCAUGUGUUAUACUAGCUCAGUGCCCUUUCUCAGCCGUGGUCAUGUGUAGAGACACAGUGAGCACACAAAACCACCCAUACACAUACAGGAUGACUGAGUCACCAUCCCUGGGGCCCUAGGAGGGAAGGCUUGGUCUCCUCUUCCCCUCGCUGAGGUUGUCAUUUAUCUGUGUGCUGAUUUGAAAAAACAAAGUUCACCACAUACUCAACUUGUAAACCGCAAGAUACAGUAAGGGAAAAAAGUAUUUGAUCCCCUGCUGGUUUUGUACGUUUGCCCACUGACAAAGACAUGAUCAGUCUAUAAUUUUAAUGGUAGGUUUAUUUGAACAGUGAGAGACAGAAUAACAACAAAAAAAUCCAGAAAAACACAUGUCAAAAAUGUUAUAAAUUGAUUUGCAUUUUAAUGAGGGAAAUAAGUAUUUGACCCCUCUGCUAAACAUGACUUAGUACUUGGUGGCAAAACCCUUGUUGGCAAUCACAGAGGUCAGAUGUUUCUUGUAGUUGGCCACCAGGUUUGCACACAUCUCAGGAGGGAUUUUGUUCCAUUCCUCUUUGCAGAUCUUCUCCAAGUCAUAAAGGUUUCGAGGCUGACGUUUGGCAACUCGAACCUUCAGCUCCCUCCACAGAUUUUCUAUGGGAUUAAGGUCUGGAGACUGGCUAGGCCACUCCAGGACCUUAAUGUGCUUCUUCUUGAGCCACUCCUUUGUUGCCUUGGCCGUGUGUUUUGGGUCAUUGUCAUGCUAGAAUACCCAUCCACGACCCAUGUUCAAUGCCCUGGCUGAAGGAAGGAGGUUCUCACCCAAGAUUUGACGGUACAUGGCCCCGUCCAUCGUCCCUUUGAUGCGGUGAAGUAGUCCUGUCCCCUUAGCAGAAAAACACACCUAAAGCAUAAUGUUUCCACCUCUAUGUUUGACGGUGGGGAUGGUGUUCUUGGGGUCAUAGGCAGCAUUCCUCCUCCUCCAAACACGGCGAGUUGAGUUGAUGCCAAAGAGCUCGAUUUUGGUCUCAUCUGACCACAACACUUUCACCCAGUUUUCCUCUGAAUCAUUCAGAUGUUCAUUGGCAAACUUCAGACGGCCCUGUAUAUAUGCUGCAGGAUUUCAGUCCUUCGCGGCGUAGUGUGUUACCAAUUGUUUUCUUGGUGACUAUGGUCCCAGCUGCCUUGAGAUCAUUGACAAGAUCCUCUCGUGUAGUUCUGGGCUGAUUCCUCACCGUUCUCAUGAUCAUUGCAACUCCACGAGGUGAGAUCUUGCAUGGAGCCCCAGGCCGAGGGAGAUUGACAGUUAUUUUGUGUUUCUUCCAUUUGCGAAUAAUCACACCAACUGUUGUCACCUUCUCACCAAGCUGCUUGGCGAUGGUCUUGUAGCCCAUUCCAGCCUUGUGUAGGUCUACAAUCGUGUCCCUGUCAUCCUUGGAGAGCUCUUUGGUCUUGGCCAUGGUGGAGAGUUUGGAAUCUGAUUGAUUGAUUGCUUCUGUGGACAGUUGUCUUUUAUACAGGUAACAAGCUGAGAUUAGGAGCACUCCCUUUAAGAGUGUGCUCUUAUCUCAGCUCGUUACCUGUAUAAAAGACACCUGGGAGCCAGAAAUCUUUCUGAUUAAGAGGGGGUCAAAUACUUAUUUCCCUCAUUAAAAUGCAAAUCAAUUUAUAACAUUUCUGACAUGCGUUUUUCUGGAUUUUUUUGUUAUUCUGUCUCUCACUGUUCAAAUAAACCUACCAUUAAAAUUAUAGACUCAUCAUUUCUUUGUCAGUGGGCAAACGUACAAAAUCAGCAGGGGAUCAAAUACUUUUUUCCCUCACUGUAUUUAGCUAGGAAUCUACAAUGCUCUUUUUUGGGAUAUUUUAACUUUUUACCUCACAGAUGACCAGUUGAAUACUGAAGCAGGUUUGGGGAACUCUGCAUUACACUACCCUUACCUUAUCCUCACCUUGCACAGCCCUCCUUCUCUGUAGUUUGUCGACAUGCUAACCUGUCUGUUUAUUCUGUGUUUUAGUUUUUUCGUGUGUUGUAUGUUCGUCUCUCCCCUCUAGUUCACGGACUUUCCUGACCCCAUGCUGUACAGUGACUACCUACCGGAGCUGUCCCGUCACCUGUCCUCCUGCAACACCCCCGGUGGCCCGGAGCUGGGGGCGGACCAGGUCUCCUGGGAAGAGCUGUUGGACAUGGACCUCCCCUCGUUCCGACCUGCCUUCCUGGUCCUGUGCCGGGUCCUGCUGAACGUGAUACACGAGUGCCUUAAACUGAGACUGGAGCAGAGGCCCGCAGGGGAGCCCUCACUGCUCAGCAUCAAACAGGUCAGCAGGCACACCUUCUGUUUCUCCCACUCUGCCCUGCUCAUUCUGAAUAGUAGAGGUGAAUAGUGAUGCUGAUCUCUAUUGCUUGAUUCACACUGUAGGGCUGACCCGAACCGCACUGUGCUUGCUCAGAUAUGUUCUUUUCACAUUGUCCUUUAAAGCACAGUUCCAGCAUCUAUGGCAGAUGUGCAACCAGGCCAGCAUAGUACAGCUCGACUCGGUUUGGCUCAGUAAGGUGAAAUGGGUAGGCUAUAUGUCUGUUGAUGCCCAUACUAACGUGUCUCCAUCUGUUCUGUAGUUGGUGCGUGAAUGUAAGGAGGUGUUGAAAGGUGGUCUCCUGAUGAAGCAGUAUUACCAGUACAUGCUGAGGGGGGUGGUCACAGACCCCCAGGGACUUCAGACCAACGCCAACAUAGACGAUUUCGAGGAGGACCUCCACAAGAUGCUGGUGGUAAGACAGACUUCCUACUGAGUCAGGAUUAGGGUUGCAAAAUUCCUCUUUCCCAAAAAAUGUCCCUGUUUUCCAGAAAUCCUGUUUGAAAGAUCAUUAUAAGCGAGUCAUUUAUGCUUAUGACAGCUCUUAAAUACAUUAUAAAUGCACCAUAACAUAGACAAGUUUGAAGAGGACUUCCACAAGAUACUGGUGGUAAGACAAAUUACUGAGGACUAAUCUGUAGAAGAUACAUUGAAUUUACCCUGUGUCAGGAAACUGCCCUAAACCACUGAAAUGUUUUGGUUCAAGUGUGUCCAUCGCGCAGAGACUCUUUUCUACAGCGUAGUAUAUUUUCUAUCCUAUCUUCCAACGGGGGCGGUGUUGCGGCCUAUAUUCAGAACCACAUUCCUGUAAAGCUUAGAGGAUCUCAUGUUAAAUACUGUUGAAGUAAUAUGGCUACAGGUUCACCUGCCUCAACUAAAGCCCAUUCUGGUGGGAAGCUGCUAUAGACCACCAAGUGCUAACAGUCAGUAUCUGGAUAACGUGUGAAAUGCUUGAUAAUGUAUGUGAUAUCAAUAGAGGUAUACUUUCUGGGUGAUUUUAAAUAUUGACUGGCUUUCAUCAGGCUGCCCACUCAAGAGAAAGCUUCAAACUGUAACUAGUGCCCUAGUUUUGUCGCCCCUGGACUACUGUUCAGUCGUGUGGUCAGGUGCAAUUUGCUCAGAACAGGGCAGCACGGCUGGCCUUUGAAUGUACACAGAGAGCUAACAUUAAUAAUAUGCAUGUCAAUCUCUCCUGGCUCAAAGUGAAGGAGAGAUUGACUUCAUCACUACUUGUAUUUGUGAGAGGUAUUGACAUGUUGAAUGCACCGGCAAACAGCUUGGACACCCAUGCAUACCCCACAAGACAUGCCACCAGAGGUCUCUUCACAGUCCCCAAGUCAAGAACGGACUAUGGGAGGCGCACAGUACUACAUAGAGCCAUGACUACAUGUCAGCAAUAAAAUUAGAUUUAAAAAACAGAUAAAAAUACACCUUAUGGAACAGCGGGGACUGUGAAGCAACACAACCAUAGACACAUGCAUACAAACACACGAUAACAUACGCACUAUACACACAUGGAUUUUGUGUUAUAGAUAUGUGGUAGUAGAGUAGAGGCCUGAGGGCACACACUUAAUGUUGUGAAAUCUGUUAUGAAUGUAUUGUAAUGUUUUUUUUAUUUUUAUGUAUAACUGCCUUAAUUUUGCUGUACCCCAGGAAGAGUAGCUGCUACCUUGGCAGCAGCUAAUGGGGAUCUAUAAUAAAUACAAUACCAUAGCUUAUCUGUCGGGUGUAGAUUACCCCAGAGGUUACUGAGGUCACUAUUGUCUGUCUGGUGUAGAUCACCCCGGAGUUUACUGAGGUCACUAUUUACUGUCGGGUGUAGAUGACCCCAGAGGUUACUGAGGUCAUUAUUGUCUGUCGGGUUUAGAUUACCCCAGAGGUUACUGAGGACUUUAUUUACUGUCUGAUGUAGAUUACCCCAGAGGUUACUGAGGUCACUAUUUACUGUCGGGUGUAGGUGACCCCAGAGGUUACUGAGGUCAUUAUUGUCUGUCGGGUGUAGAUUACCCCAGAGAUUACUGAGGUCUUUAUUUACUGUCUGAUGUAGAUUACCCCAGAGGUUACUGAGGUCACUAUUGUCUGUCGGGUGUAGAUUACCCCAGAGUUUACUGAGGUCAUAGAGUACAACUUUUGCAUCAUGAUCCUUUAACCAGGGUCAAGUUACAGAGGCUGCGUCCUACUCAACCAGAGUGUGUGGGUUAAGACUAGAGGCGUCCUGUAGGAGAGUGGCUUGUGUGUCUCUGGGUGCCUGGCCAGUGCCCAGGAACCAAGUUUAGGGUUAUACUAGCUCCCGGUAAAUCUGCUUGAGAACAGUGUGUGCUCAUCUCUGGGGUGAGAGAGCUUUAACCAACAACCACGAAGCUGAAGCAGCACAUGGCACAUUGAUUCUUUGAAAUUGUGUUCUCCCGAGUGGCACAGUGGUCUAAGGCACUGCAUUGCAGUGCUAGCUGUGCCACUAGAUCCUGGUUCGAAUCCAUGCUCUGUCGUAGCCGGCCGUGACCGGGAGACCCAUAGGGCGGCGCACAAUUGGCCCAGCGUCGUCCAGGGUAGGGGAGGGAAUGGCCGGCAGGGAUGUAGCUCAGUUGGUAGAGCAUGGCGUUUGCAACGCCAGGGUUGUGGGUUCGAUUCCCACGGGGGGCCUGUAUGCACUCACUAACUGUAAGUCGCUCUGGAUAAGAGCGUCUGCUAAAUGACUCAAAUGUAAAUGGCAGCCAGGGGUGUGGUAGGAAUUGGCAUCGGUCAAUCACUGAUUACUUCUCAGAUGUUUCGGCGGCAGCGUUUUGUUUCCUCGCUGUCUCUUUGGACAGACGGCCGGUAGGGCGGCAGGUAGCUUAGUGGGUAAGAGCGUUGUGCCAGUAACCGAAAGGUUGCUGGUUCUAAUCCCCGAGCCGACUAAGAGCGUUGUGCCAGUAACCCUAAUUGCUCCUGUAAGUCGCUCUGGAUAAGAGCGUCUGCUAAAUGACUAAAAUAUAAAAUGUAGUGGGUGAUUAAAAGCCUGAUAAAACACAAUGUUCCUGAAUUCUAAAAAAGGGUCACAGCCACAGCUGUGUCAGGGUCAAAGUCUAGUCUACUACCUGCUUCUGCAGAAAAACAGGCUUUACUUUAGGAAUAUCACAACCCUGCCCUGCAGAGAGGCGAAUACAAGAAGAAUGACAACAAUGAGGAUGAAUGUAUUCCCCAGUAUCUCUGCCAUCGGUUGACAAAUAGGAAGUAAUACCACACGAUGCCAUAGGAAGGAGGAUAUAAAUUAUAGGAGGAAUUUGUGUUAGUGUUCGUGACAAUCAUACUGUGGAAAAACCAUGCAAAACAAUUGUCAGAACAUAAAGUUAGGAACUGGAUUUGCUUAUCAAAUGACUUGGCACAGUCUCAAACUGUAGAGGAAACUACCUGCUGCAUGCAGCCAUGCACCAUUAUUUAAAUUAAUAGCAUUGGAAAUACACCAAAAUAUCCACUUACCUGCCCGUUGAUCACCAUACAUUCAUCCCUUUGUCUGCAGGUGUACUUUGACUACAUGCACACCAGGGUUUCCGUUAGGAAAAUGUGGUGCCGGACAUUUGACCAGAAGCAUUUUAAUUUACCGGACAUUUGAGAACUUUACUGACCCAUAUGCAUAACCUGAUUAGGGCGUCCAGCCACGGUGCUCAGAAUAACAUAAAUCACUUUUAGAUUAUUCAUCUUAACAGAACAUACAACUCAAGGAUGCAACGGAGUGCGUCCUUCUUACCGAAUUCUGAUGUGCACUUUGAAGAUGUUAGAAUAACUGUUCAGUUAGUUUUCCUCAGCAAACAAGACUAAUAACGAACAGCAAUAUCACUAGCCUAUUUCAAUCUUCUAUCCCCAUAGUAGAAAAGUUUACCUAAUUUUAUUGGUCAUCUUGUCAUUCUGUGCGAAAAAUAUAUUACCUAUUCCAAACAGCCUUUGGGACAGUUGUGGGACGGUAGAUCCCAAAUUCAUACAACCAGUGCAUCCAAAAAACUUUAAAAAGCAUUAAGGCUGAUGCAACAGAUCAGAACGUUAAGCUUAAAAUGUUGAUAAACUAUUAUUUCUUCACACUAUAAGCACAGCAAUGCGCACACGGCAGUAGGCUACAAGCAAAUGUUUGUUCCAUAAUGCAAUUAGCGGCAAAACACCGUAGUCAAAAGCGCACCGCACAUGCAAGCGGUUUCAUGUGAAAGAGAUUAAAAUAUCUGUUUGAAAUUUAGAAAGAGGGGCGAUCUAAAGAUGCAACAACUGGCAUGGAUUACUGAUAUGGCUAGGAUUGUGCACUUUUGGCUACUGGAUAAUGAAAGAAAGUUGAUUUGAAAACAAAUAGAACAUGAGAGAAAUUGGCUACUGGUUUCAAUGGCAAAUAUAAGUCUUUAGUCGGAUUUUGGCUAGGCUACUUUGAAGCAAAGUAAGACAUGCCUCAUAUGAAGUUAAAUGUUUGGGUUGCAAACAAACUGAAGCUUGCAUACCGUUGCCUAUGCACAUGAAUGGUUAAUGGGAAGCGUGCUUCAAUUACCAGUUGAGAAAUAAAAAUAGUAGCUCUUUAAUCAUGGUCAUCAAAAUAGUUUUUAACACUUGAUUGCAUUUAACAUAGUUGCGCAAUGAUUGGGCUUAUAGAAGCAUGUUUCACGGAACUGUAGCAGCAGCUCUCCUGCUGUCUGACAGAUGUUACGCUCAAGCUAGGCUCUGUAUCUGUAUGCUAUGCGCGUGUAAUAAAUAAGAUACAUAACGACUAACGAAAAUACAAAAAUUUACCUAUAGACCAAUAAGCAUGACCGGUCAAAUGCAUUUACAUCAACUGGUAUUUCCAUCAAUGAAUAGGCUUAAAAGCAUUAUUGGCCGGCGUCAGUUUUAUUUAUCGGCUUUAAUUUCUUUAUCAGCCAACAUCCGUCUAGUUCCGGCUAACGGAAACCCUGCUGCACACCUACCUGUUUAAUCAGUAGAGAGCUCUCUCCUCUCUCUGUCUGCAGGUGUACUUUGACUACAUGCACAGCUGGAUCCAGAUGCUGCAGCAGCUUCCCCAGGCCUCCCACAGCCUGAAGAACCUUCUAGAGGAGGAGUGGAACUUUACCAAGGUCAUCACCCCCUACAUCAGAGGAGGGGAGGCUCAGUCAGGGAAACUCUUCUGGUUAGUGUUUGAAUGUUUGUUCAUUGUUUCUCUAUCUAUUUUUAAGCAUCUAUUCUAUAUCGUGGAGCUCCGCCCCAUAGGGGAGCUCUGCUCCUAUUGGUUUACCCUCUGCCCUAAGGCGGCAACAGCCUGAGACAAAAUUAUGCACACACCGAGUACAGGUGUCCCUAUAAGAGGGGACGCUUCCCCUCAAUCAGCCUCCCUUUAUCUUCAGCGACUGGACUGGACUGAACUGAAGAAGCCAAGAAGAGACGAAGAGAAGACUCAGGACGAGAUACGCCGUCGGAUUUUCCAGUUAUGGACGUCGUCCUAGAAUGAGCACACCAGGGAAUUUUCCACCCCCAAAAGCUAUUUUCAGAGCUCAAUGCCGCGGCGCCUCCAUGACGGCUGUGGACUCCCACGACUUAUGUUUUUCGUGUGUUUGGGUUCACAGCACGCCAAGGAGGGCGUCAGCGAUCCCCCUAAUUGCGCCAGCUGCGCCCUCCUUUCAUUGAAGGAGAGGAAGCAGCGCUGGCCGUUUUUUAGGGAGGAUAUUCCUCUGGAGGACGUGCUAUCGGUGCUAGCCUCUGCUUCAGAGGCAUCAUCAGAUAGCGCCGACUCCGGAGAAGACAGGAAUUAUGGGGAGGAGACAGAUAUUCCAAUGGAACAAUCCAACCCUCUGACCCAGACGUUCAAGACCCCCUUUCCUUUGGAAAGCGAGAGGUCUUGUAAUUCCCUGGGUGAUGACGACACGGGCUCUGCGAGAUCAGUAGCCCUGUCCUUCGCCGCAGUCUCUCUGCGUUCUGAUUUUCCUGGACUCAUUGAGAGGGCUGCUCGACGCUUAGAGAUAGCGCUGCCUCCCAUUCCCUUCGCAUCAGAAGUGGAUAUGAUGGAGGGCGGCCCCUAUUCUCGGCCAAGGAGGGCGGCAGAGCCUCUGGCUUCAGCAAUGCCCUCGCUGGCAAAGUACGUCGAGGGCUCAUGGGAGGCACCUCUGGCGGCGCGUUCGCCGGCCAAGUCGUACCUCCCAUUCACCAGAGUGGAGGGAAGGCAUCAGGGCUUUGCUAGAGGAAUCCCCAGGCUAGAGAGUGCCCUGGCUGCGUAUCUCGUGCCGGGUUUGAGUCCCUGGCCCUCUUCCAAAAAGGCCACCUUACCGACGCAAAAGGACCGCCUCACAGCGCAGCUGGUAGAGAAGUCCUUUACGUUGGGAGCCUAAGCUGUAGCAGCAGCAAAUAACAUUGCCCUCCUAGCGGCCUCUCUGUCCCGUUUAACCACAGGUAAGACUGAGCUAGACAGGGAGGAGGUGGAAGAGGCGUCCAGGAUUUCUGGCGCUAUUCUCCACCUAACUCAGGCGUCGGCUCUCUGCGCGGGGAGGUCCAUGGCCACUUCGGUGGUCGCGGAACGACACCUGUGGUUGUCACUGACAACCAUGAAGGAAGCAGACAGAGCGUCGCUCUUGAACGCCCCCCUAUCUGACGACGGACUCUUCGGAGUCGCCGUCAAGGAGGCGGCGGAGCGUUUCACCAAACUUGACGAGGAGAGGAAGCAGCUGGCCAGACACCUGCCACUGGCAGGGAGGUUAGGCCACGUGACCCAGAAGCCGUCAACCUCCACCGCCCCGAGUAGACCGGGCUCUACUGCGAGGCGUCGUGCCCGGCGACUACGAGCAGCAGGAGAGGGCCCCGCCCCCCCAGCAGCUACUGUGGCCCCAAUGAUGCAGCCGGCGAGGGAAGUCCUCAGAGCGUCGACCUGGCAGCCUAAGGGCAGCCAGAAGAGACUGCACACAUGACGGGACGCUGGGGAGAGAAUAGAAGAUGGCGCAGCGACAGAUUCGAAUGCGCCCGCUAUUCCCCCCCACCUUUCGGUUGAGGGGAUGGAGGAGAAUGUUUUUGUUUGUGUAAUAAAGAAUUGGCUCCUCCUGACUUUGUCAAAAAAGAGCCCCUUUUCCAUAAUACAUCCGAGAGCGUUCGACCUACCUCACUCCCUCUCUCUCUCUCCCACCACACUGAGUGCCGCUCAGCCCACCAUGGGUGCGUUGCUGAGCGCACACAUAAGGUAAGUAUGAGAAAGGUAUCAAGGCGCCGCCUUGUAUUACCUCAUAAAGACCUCACUUUACAGACUCCUAGGAGUGCUGUAGUGAGUGUCUCACAUAGCAGGCUGCAGUCUCAGUCAGAUAAUGGCAGGAUGACGCAACCGCUAUUCGGAGAUGGCGCGCUGUCUCAGGCUAAGGCCUCAGUCAGUGCAGUUCAGACCCGUGCCGCGUUCACGGAGGGCCGGAAUACUACGGUUACGAGUUUAACCAACGUAUUGGCGCCCCUGUUUCUCUCAGAACACGCUGAUGCUCACCACGCUGAGUGUAGCUCAGCCCACCAAGGGUGCGGAGCUGAUCACACACAGGAGGUGAAUGUAAAAAAUGUAUCAAAGCGCCGCCUUGUGUUACCUCAUAGAGACCUCACAUUACAGACUCAUAGGAGUACUGCAGUGAAGGGCUCUCAUAGCAGACUGCAGUCACAGCCAGGUAUUGGAAUGAUGACGCAAUUGCUUUCUGGGGAUGGUGCUCUGUUGCAGGCUAACGCCUCAAUCAGUGCAGUUCAGACCCGUGCUGCGUGCACGGAGGGCCCGGAAUACUACGGUUACGGGUUUAACCAACGUAUUGGCGCCCCCUUUUCUCUCAGAACGCGUUGAUGUUUCCUCUCCCUUUCACGGGAGGCCUGCCUUGGGCUGUUCCACCACCUCAGUGUUGGGGAACAGCGGUUGGCAAGGGCCAUCGAGGAAUACAGGUCCUUCCUACUGAAUGUACCACAGCUUCGCGCUCGCCCGCUUUCUCUGCAUUGCUGGGAGUGGCGGCGAAGCUGUACACUCUCUCGCUGGCUAGACCAGACGCUGCAGAAGGGUUAUGCCAUCCAAUUCCAUCGGACCCCUCCCCCAUUCAGGGGAGUGGUGGAGACGGUGAUGAAAACGCCCGAAAAAGUGGCCGCUCUGGUGUCAGAGAUUACGGAACUUUUGGCGAAGGAACCGGUCACAGUAGUUCCCCAGGAGCAAAGGAACAAAGGGCUAUAUUCGCCCUACUUCCUGGUGCCCAAAAAGACGGGGGGAAUGAGGCCGAUAUUGGAUUUACGCAUUCUCAAUGAGAGCGUAACCAAACAGCCCUUCCGAAUGCUCACGACAAAACGUCUACUGGAAUGUAUCCAGAAAGGAGACUUUUGUACAAGCAUAGACCUGAAGGACGCGUACUUUCAUGUGCCGGUGCAGCCGCGUCACAGAAAGUUUCUGCGAUUCGCCUUUCAAGGGGUGGCGUACGAAUACACGAGGAUGCCAUUCGGGUACGCCCUGGCACCUCGCACGUUUUCCAAGUGUGUAGAGGCGGCAUUGGAACCGUUGCGUUGUCAGGGAAUAAGGCUACUAGCCUACCUAGACGACCUACUGGUUCUCGCCCCGUCAGCAGAGCUGGCGUUCACUCACACGACACAGACAGUGAUUCAUCUUACGCGUCUGGGGUUCGCCAGUUCCACUUCCAGGGUGUAUGCCAGUAAAUGGAAAGUUUUUUUCACAAUGGUGUGUCACAGAGAAUGUAGACCCCAUGAACUGUCGGGUUAUCAACAUAAAGGUCAGGCCUAGCAAUGGUCAGGCCUAGCAAUGGCUGCUUAUCAAACAUAAACUUGUGACACCUUGUAUUGUGAUACAGUGGUUACAAUACUGCGGGACUUGGUUGCAGCCAUUGCUAGGCCUGACCUUUUUGUUUCGAUGGGAAGUGUUGGGCUCGGCAGGGAGUACAUUUUGGAGCGUUGCGCUCCGCCUUAAACCAAUAGGAGCAGAGCUCCCCUAUGGGGCGGAGCUCCACGAUAUAGAACGAUAGUUACCGGAGUGUAACUCCAGUUAUAUGAGUGGAGCGGAGCCCCAUAGGACUUAAGGCCCUGCCGACCCUCUCUAGUCUCGCUGAAGAUGAAUAUCUCGGGAGGCUGAUUGAGGGGAAGCGUCCCCUCUUAUAGGGACACCUGUACUCCUAUUGGCUGCAGGUGUGUGCAUAAUUAGGCAGCGGGGUAAACCAAUAGGAGCAGAGCUCCCCUAUGGGGCUCAACUCCACUCAUAGAACUGGAGUUACACUCUGGUAACUAUCGUUCUCCGUCGGCGCAUCCAACUCACACCCUCUUCCACAUUGUGUUUUUAGUUAGCGCUGCUUAGCUAAAUAUUCCUUGCCUCUUCUCUCUCACAGUGACAUUGCUGGGAUGCUGCUCAAGUCCACAGGGGACUUCCUGGACGUGGGCCUGCAGAAGAGUGGUGAUGAAUUCUGGGAAAGUGCCGACGACAGUACGGUCUCAGACGAGAUCAGGUAUGUCUUGUUUUAUAUUUAACAUACAGUGCAUUCGGAAAGUAUUCAGACCCCUUGACUUUUUCCAAAUAUUGUUACGUUUCACAAUACCCCAUAAUGACAAAGCAAAAACAUAAAAUUCCUUAUUUACAUAAGUAUUCAGACCCUUUGCUAUGAGACUCGAAGUUGAGCUCAUGUGCAUCCUGUUUCCAUUGAUCAUCCUUGAGAUGUUUCUACAACUUGAUUGGAGUCCUCCUGUGGUAAAUUCAAUUGAUUGGACAUGAUUUGGAAAGGCACACACCUGUCUAUAUAACGUCCCACAGUUUAACCGUGCAUGUCAGAGCAAAGACCAAGCCGUGAAGUCGAAGGAAUUGUCCAUAGAGCUCCGAGACAGGAUUGUGUCGAGGCACAGUUCUUGGGAAGGGUACCGAAACAUUUCUGCAGCAUUGAAGGUCCCCAAGAACACAGUGGCCUCCAUCAUUCUUAAAUGGAAGAAGUUUGGAACCACCAAGACUCUUGCUAGAGCUGGCCGCCCGGCCAACCUGAGCAAUCGGGGGAGAAGGGCCUGGUCAGGGAGGUGACCAAGAACCCAAUGGUCACGCUGACAGAGCUCCAGAGUUCCUCUGUGGAGAUGGCAGAACCUUCCAGAAGGACAACCAUCUCUGCAGCACUCCACCAAUCAGGCCUUUAUCGUAGUGGCCAGACGGAAGCCACUCCUCAGUAAAAGGCACAUGACAGCCCACUUGGAGUUUGCCAAAAGGCACCUAAAGACUCUCAGACCAUGAGAAACAAGAUUAUCUGGGCUGAAACCAAGAUUGAACUCUUUGACUUGAAUGCCAAGCGUCACGUCUGGAGGAAACCUGGCACAAUCCCUACAGUGAAGCAUGGGGGUGGCAGCAUCAUGCUUUGGGGAUGUUUUUCAGCGGCAGGGACUGGGAGACUAGUCAGGAUCGAGGGAAAGGUUAACGGAGCAAAGUACAUAGAGAUCCUUGAUGAAAACCUGCUCCAGAGCACUCAGGACCUCAGACUAGGGUGAAGGUUCACUUUCCAAGCCCUAAGCACACAGCCAAGACAACGCAGGAGUGGCUUCGGGACAAGUCUCUGAAUAUCCUUGAGUGGCCCAGCCAGAGCCUGGACUUGAACCCGAUUGAACAUCUCUGGAGAGACCUGAAAAUAGCUAUGCAGCGAUGCUCCCCAUCCAACCUAACCGAGCUUGACAGGAUCUGCAGGGAAGAAUGGGAGAAACUCCCCAAAUACAGGUGUGCCUAGCUUGUAGUAUCAUACCCAAGAAGACUCGAGGCUGUAAUCACUGCCAAAGGUGUUUCAACAAAGUACUGAGUAAAGGGUCUGAAUGCUUAUGUAAAUGUGAUAUUUCCGUUUUUAAUACAUUUGCAAACAUUUAUAUAAACCUGUUUCUGCUUUGUCAUUAUGGGGUAUUGUAUUUUGGUUGAUGAGAUUUGUAUUUAUUUAAUUAAUUUUAGAAUACGGCUGUAACGUAACAAAAUGUGGAAAAAGUCAAGGGGUCUGAAAUACUUUCCGAAUGCACUGUGUGGUUUUCAAUAUGAGGUGUACCAAAUAAAUGUCUCACUCAUGGGAUAAUAAAGUAAACUUGCUAUAAGAGGCUAAUGUUAAGCUGUUUUUUCUGUCGUUCUAGGCGGUCGGUAAUCGAGACGAGCCGGUCACUUAAGGAGCUGUUCCACGAGGCUAGAGAGAGGGCAUCCAAAGCUCUGGGAUUCGCCAAAAUGCUCCGUAAGGUGAGAGAGACCGCAGUUUUUGUCUUCCCCCAGUAUGCCUCCUGCUCAUUUUGAUUUGGGAAGUUUUGUAAGUUACUAAAUGUCUGCUGGUUUCUUGGUCAGUGCUCACUUGAAAAAGAGAUGUCAAUGUGACUUCCCAGGUUAAAUAUAGGAAGUAUCAAAAUAAAGUAAUUGGGUGUUCAGAGUGCUCUGACCUUCUCUCUGCCCUCUCUCUUGCCCGCCACUCUCUCUCUCUCCUCUGCAGGACCUGGAGAUUGCUGCAGAUUUCAGCAUUACCAGCGGGGUGCCAUGCCUCCUGGAGGCCCUCAAGGAGAGAAACUAUGUCAAGGUGCCUCAAAUUACAAAUGUUCUUCCUUUUCACUCUCCGUGCUAUUUUUGUUCUCUUUCCUCGCCGUGUAUUCUACCCAAGGUCAAUAUACAUUCAGGAACUAAAGUGAAAUUCCAACUCCAAUGUUCCUCAUUAUGUUGUCAAUGAAAUUGGAAUUUCAGUUUACUUACUGGAUUUCCCUUCCUCUUUUAAGGAUGAACAUGCUAACAUGUCUGUGACUGUCUGCAGGUCCAGAUCCCAGGGCUGGAGGAGCUGGAGGUGUUUGUCCCCUGUGCCUUGAUGGACCAGCGUGACCACAUCCUGCAACUUCUCAACGCUGCAGCCGGUAAGGAUUGCAGUAAGGAGCCCGACGAGAUGAUGGCAGAGGACGAGGCCUACCUGCUGAUGAGCAAGCAUGGAGCAGGGGACUUGCCUGCAGAGGCAGGCCAGGCCGGGGCUCAGUGGCACUGGGAUGGGGAGCUGGUCAAACUGGUGCCUCAGAUGGAGACUGUGGACACGCUACGGGCCAUGAAGGUGGGUGGGAAAUGUAUUUAAUCUAAAUGAUACUCUUCCUUUGCGUAUUUGUAGAGCUAGAUAUUGCAGUGAAUGUGGAGUGUAGUCAGACCAGGACUCAAACCCUGGUCCCUCCAACUGUCAUCUCAACAACACCUUAGCCAAGACGCUUACCACCAAGAGCCUCAGCCUCUUAGUAAGGUUGCUAGACGCUGUACUAUAUUUUUACCAGGAGCACACAUGAUGCUAAUGACAUGGCUCCUCUCCAUCCUCUGACUGUCUCUCUCCCCUCAGGUGGAGAACCUGCUCCUGAUAGUGAUGCAGUCAGCCCACCUGGUGGCCCAGCGUAAGGCCUUCCAGCAGAGCAUGGAUGAGCUGCUCACACUAAGCAGGGAACAAACCUCCAGCCAGCCCCUCAUCGCCCGUGCCCUGGAGCAACUCAAGGUACCAUCCACUGUAUUUAUUCACUUUGAUCAUUUACUAUAAAUGCUUUUAGUUUCCCUGAAUUACAAUUUAUUUACUGUAAAAGAUCCAGUAUUAAGCCCAAGUUUAUUGAGCUGCUAUCGGGCCAAGGUGAAGAGGGUGCAGUACACAAGAUGACUUCAGGUUUUUAAUGUCACGUGCACAAGUACAGUGAAAUGCCUUUCUUGCAAACUCAAAACCCAACAAUGCAGUAAUCAAUAACAAUGUAGCACUAAAAAUUAUUCAAGGUAGAAUUAAAACACCAGAGAAAUAGAAAUAACACCACAAGGAAGUAAGAAGCUAUAUACAGGGUCAGUACCGUAUUUACUUUGCACAAAUAUCAUGUUUAUACUGCAGUGAGAGCUGUGAAACCUAAAGUCAUGCCCAUGACUGCUGUUGUCUCCUAUACUUCCUCACAUUGGAGGCCUGGUUUCAAAACCUGUUAGCUUCCUCUCUUCUCGAUAAGGCUUUUCCUGUGUGGCAAGGCUGUGGUUGAAGCAGCCCUCAUAAAAGGGCUGCCUUAUAAAAGUACUGCUUCAAGAGACACACUCUCACACACUCACUAUGUCUUUGUCUCAUCCCACCCCCCCCCCCACAGAACGAAGCCUUACAGCUGUGUAUAAAGAUCAACACGGCCAUUGACCGGGUCGAGUACAUGUUCACGUCAGAGUUUGAGGCAGAGGUGGAGGAAUCUGAGUCAGCCACGCUACAGCAGUACUACAGAGAGGCCAUGAUCCAGGGAUACAACUUUGCCUUUGAGGUUAGAGGUCAAGGGUUAGGGAUUGUAAAGCUGUCAGUCUUUCUACACAGUGUUGCUACUGAUUUUAAAUGUUCUGGCUUGGAGGGUUGUGUUAGUACAGUGGGAAGCUGAACACUGGGGAUAACUGUCAACAGAUCUCUGGUUGGACAAUUGUCAACUUUCUUAGGAAGGCAGACACCGAAACACAAUCCGUUCUAUUGAACAUGCCAAAAAAUUGGUAAUAGCAAGAGUGGCUUGGUCCUCCUUGUGUUUUUGGCUGACCAGUCUAACCCCUAAACCAGUCUAACCCAUAAACCAGAGAGUACAACACUGUCAUAUUGUUCCUCACAGUAGCACCACAAGGUAGAGUGCCGUUGUUCUCCUUUUUUGAUGUAGGGGUUAUACUGGUCAAGUGAAGAGCACCUUUAAAUGUACUUUUUGUUCUCCGUAGUACCACAAGGAGGUGGUGCGUCUGAUGUCAGGGGAGUUCCGUCAGCGGAUCGGGGAACGCUACAUCGCCUUCGCCAGGAAGUGGAUGAACUACGUCCUCACCAAGUGUGAAAGUGGCCGGGGUACCAGGCCCCGCUGGGCCACUCAAGGCUUUGAUUUCCUCCAAGCCAUCGAACCUGCCUUCAUCUCUGCUUUACCAGAGGACGACUUCCUGGUAAAACCAUACUACGUCAUAGAUUGAUUGAUUACUUGAUUGAUUGUGUAUUUUGUGGAAUGGUGUUGUGAUUAUGUAAAUCCUUCCCUCUGCAGAAUUUGCAAGCUCUGAUGAACGAGUGCAUUGGUCAUGUGAUCGGGAAGCCUCACAGCCCAGUCAGUGGCCUGUACAUAGGUAAGACCCUGCCUCAUCUGCGCAAAUAUGUGGUCCUAUGUGGCUCAGUUGGUGACACUAGCAAUGCCAAGGUUGUGGGUUCAAUCUAAGCAGGGAUCACAAUGUGUGUACUCACUGUUCUGUAAGUCGCUUUAGAUAAAAGCUUCUGUUAGGCCUAAGUGGCAAAAAUGUUUUGUGUAGAAAUAGAACUGAAGUAGGGCUUGAGUCAAAUAGCUUGUUGAGGAUGACCCUUUCUCUCUUCUCCACUCAGCCCCCAGGAACAGUCCUCGACCAGUGAAGGUCCCUCGUUGCCAUAGUGACCCCCCCAACCCCCACCUGUUCAUCCCCAACGCAGAGGGCUUCAGGUAGGUCGAAGUUCAUGGUUACAGUGAGGCACUAAGAACCAUUUACCGCCUAUUAUAAUUGUUUUUAUAACGUGUGUGUUUAAUGUGUGUACAGUAUGCGUGUUCUAAUAUUCCUCAUGUUCUCUGCUCUUGUACAGUAAUUAAUGGGUUUUAAAUUGGGUGGUUGAGCUUAUAUUCAUGCUUUUAUGCUGCUGUAUGAGUUAACACAGUGUGUGUUUCUCUCUCAUGUGUAACUUGUAACACCUUUGGCUAGUAGGGAUGGGCAUGAGUAAUCGAGGACUCAAGUACUUGAACGGACGUCAAAACUUGAUCUUUAACCAGAGAUCUAAUUUUUUCAAAUACUGUAAAACUGUUUGGUGGAAUGUGCUUUGUGGCUGCCCGAAAAGGAAACUGAUUGAAGUAGGAAAAUGUGUUCCAUCAACAAGCUGCAGUUUUGGAAUAAUUGUGUCCCAUCUAUUUACCGCUUAGGCUACUUUGCGAACUGCUAGUGCCAUUUAGAAUUGGUUAGCCUAGGCUAUAACCCCCCUAAACAUACACAGGUUCCACACUGAAAAGACGCAAACGUUUUAGUUUAAUAAAGACAGCGUAUUUUCAUCAGAAUCAUUAAGCCUAGGCCUACUCACCAAAUAGAUGUCGUGGACGUAAUUCAUCCCCAUGCAGUGUUCAAUGUAGAAUUGUUUAGAAAAUUCCAAAGAACCAUGAAAAAAUUUGAUAUAGUCGCCAAAUUGAGCCCUGUUUCAAAUGAUCGCUCUUUGAGAAUAACUGUUCCAGACAUAAGAUGCGAAUCACUUCAGUGGCAACUUUCUUUCAUUCAAAAAAAUAUUGUUUUUUAUUACAUGCUUUUUUAAACUAUAAAAUAGGUGUCUUGACUGUGAUAAGGGCUCGGGAAAUAAGAGCGUCUCGUCUGCUAAAUUAACAACGUAAGGCUAUGUGGAGGUUAAUAACUUUUUGCAGAUUGUGUUCCAUUAUAUAAUAUAGCUAGUUGAUAUUAGUUUCACUAAUUUCAUCUUAAAUGGCACUUGCUUCAUUAUUGACUGAAUGAAAUUAGUCACCCCUUGACUUUUUCCACAUUUUGUUGUUACAGCCUGUAUUUAAAAUGAUUUUGAACCACUAAUCUACACACAAUACCCCACAAAGUGAAAUUUAGUUUUUAGACAUUUUUAGAAAUUUAUAAAUUUUAAGCUUAAAUGUUUUGAGUCAAUAAGUAUUCAAACCCUUUAUGGCAAGCCUAAAUACAUUCAGGAGUAAACAUUUGCUUAACAAGUCACAUAAGUUGCAUGAACUCUGUAUGCAAUAAUAGUGGUUAACCAGAUUUUUGAAUGUUUACCCCGACUAUACAAUUAUAUGUAUAGUCCCACAGUCGAGUAGUGAAUUUCAAGCACAGAUUCAACCACAAAGAACAGGGAGGUUUUCCAAUGCCUCGCAAAGAAGGGCACCUAUUGGUAGAUGGGUCAAAAUGAAAGCAGUCUACUGAAUAUCCCUUUGAGCAUGGUGAAGUUAUUAAUUACACUUUGGAUGAUGUAUCAAUACACCCAGUCACUAUACAGGCGUCCUUCCUAACUCAGUUGCCGGAGAGGAAGGAAAUGGCGAUUUUAAAAACAAUUACAGAGUUUAAUGACUGUGAUGAGAGAGAACUGAGGAUGGAUCAACAUUGUAGUGUAGUUAGGGCGGCAGGUAGCUUAGUGGGUAAGAGCGUUGUUCCAGUAACCGAAAGGUCGCUGGUUCUAAUCCCCAAGCCGACUAGGUGAGAAAUCUGUCGAUAUGCCCUUAAGCAAGGCACUUAACCCUAAUUGCUCAUGUAAGUCGUUCUGGUAAAGAGCGUCUGCUAAAUGACUCAAAUGUAAAUGUAGUUACUCCACAAUAGUAACCUAAAUGAGUGAAAAUGAUUUAUUUUUUAUUUUUAAGAUCCUGUUUGCAAUAAGGCACUAAAGUAAUACUGCAAAAAUUGUGGCAAAGAAAUGAACUUUUUGUCCUGAAUAGCGUUAUGUUUGGGGAAAAUCUAACGUCACUGAGUACCACUCUUCAUAUUUUCCAGCAUGGUGGUGGCUGCAUCAUUACAUUUACAUUUACGUCAUUUAGCAGACGCUCUUAUCCAGAGCGACUUACAAAUUGGUGCAUUCACCUUAUAGCCAGUGGGAUAACCACUUUACAAUAUGUUUAUUUUUUUGGGGGGGUGGGGUAAGGUGGGGUAGAAGGAUUACUUUAUCCUAUCCCAGGUAUUCCUUAAAGAGGUGGGGUUUCGUCGUCGUCUGCGUAGCAAUGAUAGGAGAGGCCAUGUGAGGAUAUGACAGAGCCAAGUGACUUGGUGUAUAGCGAGAAUAGGAGAGGGCCUAGAACUGAGCCCUGGGGGACACCAGUGGUGAGAGCACGUGGUGCGGAGACAGAUUCUACCCACGCCACUUGGUAGGAGCGACCGGUCAGGUAGGACGCAAUCCAAGAGUGAGCCGCGCCGGAGAUGCCCAACUCGGAGAGGGUGGAGAGGAGGAUCUGAUGGUUCACAGUAUCAAAGGCAGCAGACAGGUCUAGAAGGACAAGAGCAGAGGAGAGCGAGUUAGCUUUAGCAGUGCGGAGAGCCUCCGUGUCACAGAGAAGAGCAGUCUCAGUUGAAUGACCAGUCUUGAAACCUGACUGGUUUGGAUCAAGAAGGUCAUUCUGAGAGAGAUAGCAAGAGAGUUGGCUAAAGACGGCACGCUCAAGAGUUUUGGAGAGAAAAGAAGGAAGGGAUACUGGUCUGUAGUUGUUGACAUCAGAGGGAUCGAGUGUUGGUUUUUUGAGAAGGGGUGCAACUCUCGCUCUCUUGAAGACGGAAGGGACAUAGCCAGCGGUCAAGGAUGAGUUGAUGAGCGAGGUGAGGUAAGGGAGAAGGUCACCGGAGAUGGUCUGGAGAAGAGAGGAGGGGGUAGGGUCAAGCGGGCAGGUUGUUGGGCGGCGGCCGUCACAAGUCGCAAGAUUUCAUCUGGAGAGAGAGGGGAGAAAGAAGUCAAAGAAUUGGGUAGGGCAGUGUGAGCAGGACCAGCAGUGUCAUUUGACUUAACAAACGAGGAUCGGAUGUCGUCAACCUUCUUUUCAAAAUGGUUGACGAAGUCAUCCACAGAGAGGGAGGAGGGGGGGAUGGGGAGGAGGAUUCAGCAGGGAGGAGAAGGUGGCAAAGAGCUUCCUAGGGUUAGAGGCAGAUGCUUGGAAUUUAGAGUGGUAGAAAGUGGCUUUAGCAGCAGAAACAGAUGAAGAAAAUGUAGAGAGGAGGGAGUGAAAAGAUGCCAGGUCCGCAGGGAGUCUAGUUUUCCUCCAUUUCCGCUCGGCUGUCCGGAGCCCUGUUCUGUGAGCUCGCAAUGAGUCGUCAAGCCACGGAGCAGGAGGGGAGGACCGAGCCGGCCGGGAGGAUAGGGGACAUAGCGAGUCAAAGGAUGCAGAAAGGGAGGAGAGGAGGGUUGAGGAGGCAGAAUCAGGAGAUUGGAGGGAGAAGGAUUGAGCAGAGGGAAGAGAUGAUAGGAUGGAAGAGGAGAGAGUAGCGGGAGAGAGAGCGAAGGUUGCGACGGCGCAUUACCAUCUGAGUAGGGGCAGAGUGAGUAGUGUUGGAGGAGAGCGAGAGAGAAAAGGAUACAAAGUAGUGGUCGGAGACAUGGAGUUGAGUUGCAGUGAGAUUAGUAGAAUAACAGCAUCUAGUAAAGAUGAGGUCAAGCGUAUUGCCUGUCUUGUGAGUAGGGGGAGAGGGUGAGGUCAAAAGAGGAGAGGAGCGGAAAGAAGGAGGCAGAGAGAAAUGAGUCAAAGGUAGACGUAGGGAGGUUGAAGUCACCCAGAACUGUGAGGGGUGAGCCAUCCUCAGGAAAGGAACUUAUCAAGGCGUCAAGCUCAUUGAUGAACUCUCCAAGGGAACCUGGAGGGCGAUAAAUGACAAGGAUGUUAAGCUUGAAUGGGCUAGUGACUGUGACAGCAUGGAAUUCAAAUGAGGAGAUAGACAGAUGGGUCAGGGGAAAAAGAGAGAAUGUCCACUUGGGAGAGAUGAGGAUUCCUGUGCCACCACCCUGCUGACCAGAUGUUCUCGGGGUAUGCGAGAACACAUGGUCAGACGAGGAGAGAGCAGUAGGAGUAGCAGUGUUCUCAGUGGUAAUCCAUGUUUACGUCAGCGCCAAGAAGUCGAGGGACUGGAGGGUAGCAUAGGCUGAGAUGAACUCUGCCUUGUUGGCCGCAGAAUGGCAGUUCCAGAGGCUGCCGGAGACCUGGAACUCCACGUGGGUGGUGCGUGCAGAGACCACCAGGUUAGAGAGGCAGCAGCCACGCGGUGUGAGGUGUUUGUAUAGCCUGUGCGGAGAGGAGAGAACAGGGAUAGACAGGCAUAGUUGACAGGCUACAGAAAAUGGCUACAAUAAUGGAAAGGAGAUCAGAAUGAAAUGAACUAAACAUCUGGGAAAGCGAGAGAGCGGGGCCUCCCUCACUUACGUUUCACUGAAACACCCAAAUAUAACUCCCAACUUCCACCUCAGAAACUAUAAUUGUUGUAAACUACAGCGGUUCAAUGUUUUCUAGGAAUAGACUAACUUAGUUUAUUCAGCUAGCUAACUUGGUACAGUAUUCUUCCGUGAAAACCGUCCAGGGCACCUAGUCAUAUGACGCCACAGCCAACUAGCAUGCCGGACUCCAACAACACGGUUUAGCACCAAUACUCGGCCACAACAAACCACCAGUGUGUCAACACGCCAAGCAGAUCAUUCGUGUCCGUGUCUAACGUUGUGGGUUAGUCCUGACAGCUUGAGCGAGUCCGUCGUCAACUUAUUCAGCCAGUUAGUUAGCUAGAAUAGUUAGCAUACUAGCUAGCCGUUGCUUUCUGCCAACGAAGAAACCCCUCCUCCCACGGCACGAACACACAGAGAGAGCCAAGCUAACGUUAACUAGUCACCCAUGUCCCAAAUUCCCUUGAACGACUCUGGCUACCAGUAUGUAAAAACAAAACACAAAUGUAGGUUAUAACUUACCCCUAGCAGCUACUGUUAGCUAGCCAAGUGCAAAGCUAGCCACUGAAUUGACUCAGCCAGUUCGCGUCUGUUCGCUAGGUCGUUCCAGCUAUUGUUUAGUAGCUAUCCAGGUAGCAACAAGCUAGCUACAUUUCGAGCGCAGUAGCCACUUACUACCUAACGUUAAUGCUUCAGACAAUGAGGUUAGAAAAACAGCUGAAUGGUAGGCAUUAUUGUAUGUAAUUAUUGUUAUGGAUAUGUUAUGGAUAUCAUCAUGUUAUGGAUAUGCUCCUCAUCGGCAAGGACUAGGGAGUUUUUUGGGGUGACAAAAAUAAAUGUAAUAGAGCUACAGUACCAGUCAAAAGUUUGGACACGUAUUCCAGGUGAAGCUGGUUGAGAGAAUGCCAAGAGUGUGCGCAAAGCUGUCAUCAAGGCAAAGGAUGGCUACUUUGAAGAAUCUAAAAUAUAUUUUGAUUUGUUUAACACUUUCUUUGGUUACUACAUGAUUCCAUGUGUUAUUUCAUAGUUUGAUGUCUUCACUUUUUCUACAAUGUAUAAAAUAGUAAAAAUAAAGGAAAACCCUUGAAUGAGUAGGUGUGUCCAAACUUUUGACUGGUACUGUAAGCACAAACAAAAUCCUAGAGGAAAACCUGUUUGUCUGCUUUCCAACACACUGGAGACAUUCACCUUUCAGCAGGACAAUAACCUAAAACUCAAGGCCAAAUAUACACUGGAGUUGCUUACCAAGACAACAUUGAAUGUUCCCGAGUGGCCUAUUUACAGUUUUGACUUAAAUCGGCUUGAACAUCUAUAGCAAGAUUUGAAAAUGGCUGUCUAUCAGUGGUAAACAAUCAACUUGACAGCUUGAAGAGUUUAAAAAAGAAUAAUGGGCACAUAUUUUACAGUCCAAGGGUGCAAAGCUCUUAGAGACUUACCCAAAAAGACUCAUAGCUGUAAUCGCUGCAAACAUGUAUUCACUCAGGGGGUUGAAUACUUAUCUAAUCAAGAUAUAUUUAUGUUUUAUUUAAAUUAAAAUUUUUUCACUUUGACAUUACGGAGUAUUUUGUGUAGAUUGUAAAGAAGACAAUGAAAUCAAUAUUUAGCCCAAUUUGUAACAACAAUGUGGAAAAUGUCAAGGGGUGUGAAUACUUUCUGAAAGCACUGUAUAUGGUGCAAUUUAGCAAUUAGGAUUUGUUAUCUGUAAUGGUUAUGCUAAAUUAGGCAUUGUCGCGCACUAGUGGCAUAGGCAACACAUUUCUUUCCAGUGCGGGCCUUGUGUUCUAAAAAUAGAUUGUAUUUAUUUAUUUGAGUACUUGAAAAAAAAAAAUCCUGCGAUUUAUUCGAACAGUAAAAAAAAAGAAAGUGAAAUGCUCAUCCCUAUUCGCUAGAAAGGGUAUUACGCUGUAUGAGUGCGUGACUGUGUGUGCAUUUGUGUUGAGAAUGAGUGCACACACACAUCCUCAACUCCAAAGCGGUCUCCAGAGAUCCUCAGUGUGUUUUUGUCACCACCACAGCUCUAGGAGUCUCCCCUGCGAGCUACGGACCCAGCUGUGUCUACCUACCGGCCCCCGCCCAGUCCCCGCCCCUCAGGCCCCAGGCCCCGCCCCUGGGGAACACGGCCCAACCAAAGCACCCGGGUCCACCCCCAAUGACGUCAGGUAGCCUCCCCCCCCCCCAAAGUUCAAAGUACUACUAGGGUUGCGAAAGUGCCCAGGUCUUUCCAGAAAUCCUGUUUGGAGGAUCCCGGAAUCAUGAGGGAAUAAGCAGGCAGGGAAUCCUCCAACCGGUUCUCUGUAAAGACCACCCACUGUCAACCCAGAGCACCCCAGCAACAGGCUGAUAUCGCACUUACAAAAUAUUCCACCCCUCUCAUCUGAACUUGUCAACCAGAGGUUCAGGUUGACAUGCUCCCUGUGGUUUACCCUGCACCCCUGUCAUGCCGUCUGUCAGUUUGUAACGAACCUAGAGUAGCAUGUUCUGCAUGCUCAUCCAGAUGUAUUGGCUUUGACAAUUUUAUGUUUUGCCUAUAACAGAAAUCUGCAUUGAUUUUAAAAGACUGCUAUAUAACACAAUAUGAAAACUACAGUUUUAUAAGGGCCAUCCUUUAAAGGGAUAGUUCACUCAAAUGUGUUACCUAACCCUGAAUGCAGUCUACGGAUAUGGAGAGACUUUAAUCCACACUUGUUUUGUCCACCUAGCCAAUGUCACACAACACAAUACACAUUUUCUCCAACACAUGUCAUGGUGUGAGAGAUGGAAACACAACAUGCUAGCUACCUCCUCAUGGAGGGAGAAAAGAGAGAGAUUGCGAGAGCAUGUUAGCGUUUUUCGUCAUGAAUCUUGUUCUGGAGGCAGCUCUGCAGAGUGGUCACUAGCUGGCACAGCCACAAAGUCAUAAAAUCUGAUUUUAAACCUAACCUUAACCCUACUCUUAACCAUACUGCUAACCUGAAUGCCUAACCCUAACCUUAAAUUAAGACACAGCUAAUUUUUGUUUUCAUGAAUUUUUACAAUGUAGCCCAUUUUGACUUUGCAGCUGGCCUAAGGGGAAAUCGCUCAGUUCUGCCUCUAGGAUGAGACUCAUGACAAUAAACAUCAACCUGCAGUGUGAGAGUUACUCUGCUAUUAAUCCAUAUUAGUAGUGUGGCCUUUCUUUGAUUCUAAUCAUCUGAUGGCUCUCUCUUCUUAAUAUUUGGCUUGUUUGUUUUCUGUCCUUUUGGAAUGAAAGCAUGCGUUCAAUCUGACAUCUAACCUGUCUGUGUUUGACCUUUUAAACCUUUAGUAUGAAUGUCAGCUUUGAUGGGGGUGGACAUAGAAAUAUAAUCUAGAGUUGUUCUAUUUCUAUGGGGGGUUGUGGUUGAGAGGUUUGGAUGUAGAGCACAGGAGGUUGGUGGCACCUUAAUUGGAGAACUUCCUCGUGGUAAUGACUGGAGUGGAAUCUGUGGAAUGGUAUCAAAUAAAUCAAACACAUGGUUUCCAGGUGUUUGCCAUUCCAUUUGCUCCAUUACGGACAUUAUUAUUAGCUGUAUGUCAUGUUCCGCCAUCUCAAUAAUCACAAACCUCCCGCUGAAAGCGAGAGAGGACAAUCUUCAUUAAGAAUACCUUUUUGGGACUGAUAUUGGUUGACCACUGGUUCCAGAUCUGGUUGCGCUGUCUCGCCACUGUCAUGGCAUCACAAUAACCAUAGGAGGUGGCACUAACAGAUCUGGAACCAGCCUAGUCUGGGACCUGAGGGGUAUACUACGAAGUAGGAUCAAGGAGUUAGGGGGAUAACUUGCCUAAACUUUUACUGUUUUAGUAUGAUAAGCUUGAAAUGGGCAUGGUCUAAUUGGUUCAGCAAACAAAAACUCAUUUAAGCUUUGCUUUUUUUUUAUGAACCAGAAAAUCAAUAGUUAAUUCUGGUUGCUUAUCAAAGUUAGCUGGCUAACUGAUGACUGACAACGUGGGUAUAUUUACAUUUAACAUUUUAGUCAUUUAGCAGACGCUCUUAUCCAGAGCGACUUACAGUUAGUGAGUGCAUACAUCUUCAUACUGGUCCCCCGUGGGAAUCGAACCCACAACCCUAGCUAAAUUGUACUGUGCCUGCCUCUCCCUGUGCAGAGGGGCCAACCUCCACGAGAACGACAGGCUGUCGUCUGUAGCAGCCGAGCUGCAGUUCAAGUCUCUGAGCCGACACUCCAGUCCCACUGAGGAGAGGGAAGGUAUUGAGUUGUUUAAGAUGGUCUUAAUGUAACUGCAUUCUGCAUAAUUGAUGUAGUUCUGUCCUUGAGCUGUUCUUGUCUAUUAAUAUUCUGUAUUAUGUCAUGUUUAAUGUUUUGUGUCGACCCCAGGAAGAGUAGCGGCUGCUUUCGCAACAGCUAAUGGGGAUCCUAAUAAAAUACCAAAUACCAUAAUUCAGUCUUUUCGACUGAACAAGGAUUAAAUAAAAUGGAUCUCGAUUGGAAAGUAGGAGUAGGCAAUUCACCUGUGUGUGUUUUUCUAACUUGACAUAGCUCCCAUCUUACUGCCUGUCUGUGUUAUCUCUUCUCUCUCGCGCUCUCACUCACACACAUCAGAACCCUCCUAUCCUAAGGGAGGAGACCCCAGUAGCACAGCCAGGAGAAGCUGGGAGCUCCGCACCUUCAUCAGCCAAUCAAAAGGUGAGAAUGAUGAGGGGGGUAGAUGGGGGCUGCAAGUUCAAACCCCAGGUCUGUCAGCAUGAGUGCUAGCGAUGGUAGAGUUGCUGAUACCAAGUCCUAGGUGCCAUCUCUUACCGUUGUGCCCUUGAGCAAGGCACUUAACCUCCAAACUGCUACAGAAUAGUGUAGAGUUGGUCUGUUCUAUGCAUUCCCAUUCCCAACAUUUACUAUGUCUCUCCAUUCCAUUCCGAACACUGUCUUCUAUAUCCCUCCCUCCCUCAGACACGGCAGCCAGGCAGAGCCCCAUGGAAGCUGUACGUCGCUCCAUACGGUCCUUCGAGGACAAACGCUACGCGGUCAUGAAGCAGAGGAACAUCAUUGGCCAGGUGUGCCACACCCCCAAGUCCUACGACAACAUCAUGCACGUCGGCCUCCGCAAGGUCACCUUCAAGUGGCAGAGGGGCAACAAGAUAGGUAUGUACUGUACACACGCCAUUGGCGCCCUGCUCCCUUUAUAGUGCACUACUUUUGUACUGUACGCACCUCCAUUGGCGCCCUGCUCCCUUUAUAGUGCACUACUUUUGUACUGUACGCACCUCCAUUGGCGCCCUGCUCCCUUUUUAGUGCACUACUUUUGUACUGUACGCACCUCCAUUGGCGCCCUGCUCCCUUUAUAGUGCACUACUUUUGUACUGUACGCACCUCCAUUGGCGCCCUGCUCCCUUUUUAGUGCACUACUUUUGGCCAGAGCCUCAACUGAACCUGUGUCUCCCCCAAAUGAAACCCUAUCCUCUAUAUGCCCUAUGAGGCCCUGGCCAACAGUUGUGCGCAAUAAAGAGAAUAUGUUGCCAUUUCAGAUUUUCCCUGGAGUAGGCCCUCAUUUAUGUCAUGCCCAUGGCGUUUCAUCAUCUGUGACGUGUCUCCCUAUACAGGCGAGGGUCAGUAUGGCAAGGUGUACACCUGCAUCAACGUGGACACUGGCGAACUCAUGGCUAUGAAGGAGGUAGGUGGCCAUGACCAUUUAUAGUGUUAUAAAUGUUGGUGCAAGAAUAUAGCACGUGAGCAGCAUAUAACGUGUGUGCGCGCUUCCCUUUAUUCAUUAUUAAAGGAGAAAGCCCUGAAUUGAAGGUAAUGUUUAUUUUACUCCGCCGCCUAUUAGCAUCCAUUCAUACUAUAGCAAAGCCUAUCAACAGUCUCCAUACACUUUCCCGUACUUAAAAAAAAAAAAAUUAUUUUCCCGAUCAGAUCCGGUUCCAGCCGAACGACCAUAAGACGAUAAAGGAGACAGCAGAUGAGUUGAAGAUCUUUGAGGGCAUCAAACACCCCAACCUGGUCCGCUACUUUGGUGUUGAGCUGCAUCGGGUAAGAGCAUGCGUAUAUGGGUUACAAAGUUCUAGAAACUUCCCCUGGCUUUUCAGAAAUUCUAGUUGGAGGUUCCCAGAAUUAAGAGGGAAUCCUCCAACCGGAAUUUCUGAAAAGCCUGGGAACUUUGGGAAGGUUUAGAAGUUUGGGUCAAUUUCAAUUCAAGUCUGUGUAUGAAUGAGAUGAAACUAUGUAUGAAUGGGCUAUAUCAUCGGAUUGGAUGUAUUGCAUCAACUGUCUACAUGCUACAUAAAUAGUAUUUGUCUGAUUGUGUCGCUCCCCCUCCCUCCCUCCCCCCACCAGGAGGAGAUGUAUAUCUUCAUGGAGUACUGUGAUGAGGGGACCCUGGAGGAGGUGUCCAGGCUGGGCCUACAGGAGCACGUCAUCAGGCUGUACAGCAAACAGAUCACCACGGCCAUCAACGUGCUCCACGAACAUGGCAUCGUGCACCGAGACAUCAAGGGUCAGUUAGCACCUCGUUCUGGGAGAGACGUCUCUCUUUCUCUUUAGCCUACUGUUGGUCUAGUCAAAUCUAAUUUUUUACGUCACAUGCUUCGCAAAACAACAGGUGUAGACUAACAGUGAAGUGCUUACUUACGGUACCUCCCCAACAAUGCAGAGAUGAAGAAAAUAGAGAAAUAAUAGUAGCAGUAAUAAACAGUAGCAGCAGCGUAUGUGAUGAGUCAAAGUUAGUGCAGAAAGGGUCAAGGCAGAAGAUCUGGGUACCUAUUUGGUUAACUAUUUAACUAACUGUUUAGCAGUCUUAUGGCUUGGGGGUAGAAGCUGUUCAUGGUCCUGAUGGUUCCAGACUUGGCGCUCCGGUACCGCUUGCUGUGCGGUAGCAGAGAGAACAGUCUAUGACUUGGGUGGCUGGAGUCUGAAAAUGUGUAGGGUCUUUCUCUGACACUGCCUAGUAUAGAGGUCCUGGAUGGCAGGGAGCUCUGCCCCAGUGAUGUACUGGGCCAUAUGCACUACCCUCAGUAGUGCCUUGCAGUCAGAUGCCAAGCAGUUGCCAUACCAAGCGAUGAUCCAGCUUUUUGGGCCCAUGUCAAAUCUUCUCAGCCUCCUGAGGGGGAUGAGGCGUUAUCGUACCCUCUUCACAACUGUGUUGGUGUGUUUGGACCAUGAUAGACCCUUAAGGAUGUGCACACCAAGGAACUUGAAGCUCUCGACCCGCUCCACUACAGCCCGUCGAUGUGGAUGGUGGCGUGCUCGGCCCUCCGUUUCCUGUAGUCCACAAUCCGCUCAUUUGUCUUGCUGAUGUUGAGGGAGAGGAUUUGUCCUGGCACCACACUGCCAGGUCACUGACGACCUCACUAUAGACUGUCUCAUCAUCAUCGGUGAUCAGGCCAACCACCGCCAUGUCGUCGACUAAGUUAAUGAUGGUGUUGGAGUCGUGCGCGGCCACGCAGUCGUGGGUGAACCGGGAGUACAGGAGGGGACUAGGCAUGCACCCCAGAGGGGGGCCCCGUGUUGCGGGUCAGCGUGGCGGAUGUGUUGUUGCCUACCCUCACUACCUGGGGGCGUCCCGUCAGGAAGUCCAGGAUCCAGUUGCAGAGGGAUGUGUUCAGUUCCAGGGUCCUUAGCUUAGUAAUGAGCUUGGAGGGCACUAUGGUGUUGACGCCGAGCUGUAGUCAAUGAACAGCAUUCGCAUGUAGGUGUUCCUUUUGUCCAAGUGGGAAAAGGAAGUGUGGAGUGCAAUAGAGAUUGCGUCAUCUUUGGAUCUGUUGGGGCGGUAUGCGAAUUGGAGUGGGUCCAGGGUGUCUGGGAUGAUGGUGUUGAUGUGAGCCAUGACCACCCUUUCAAAGCAUUCCAUGGCUACAGAUGUGAACGCUACGGUCUCUCAAUUCAAUGUCAGGGUUAUGCAGGCACCUUAUUAAUCAUUUAAUGCGUUUUAGCUUUAGUGAAUUUGGCUGGGGGUUUAUGCCGUAAAGAAAAGCUAUCAUCAUUCUGAGAUUUUGUCAUCAAACCUUCCUGUGGCUCCAGUGUCAUUGACGCAGCAGAAGUAAUUGUUCUUACUGCCUCUAUGAAUCCACUCUCCCUCUCCAUGCUUCUCUCACUCCUCCUGCCCUUGUUAUCCUAAUCUCAAUGUGAUUCUCUGGUUAAAUCAAUAAAAAUCACUCUUGGCCUCUUUGUCACCGUUCCCCCUCUCUACCAUAGGAGCCAACAUCUUCCUGACGUCGUCCGGCCUGAUCAAGCUGGGGGACUUUGGCUGCUCUGUGAAGCUGAACAAUGCCCAGACCAUGCCCGGAGAGGUUAACAGCACCAUGGGAACGGCAGGUGAGGGAGCCACAUAAAUCCAAUAGUACUUCAGUUUUAAAUGUCCAUCUUCCAAAAACGUCUGACAACCUACAUCUUCAAAAAAGUAUCUUUAAGCAGUAAGUCCCAAGGGGGUAUGGUAUAUAGCCAAUAUACCACGGCUAAGGGCUGUUCUUAUGCACAACGCAACAUGCUUUAUUGCUAUUAUAAACUGGUUACCAAUGCAGUUAGAGCAGUAAAAAUAAAUGUUUUGUCAUACCCGUGGUAUACACGGCUGUCAGCCAAUCAACAUUCAGUGCUCAAACCACCCAGUUUAACACCCUUGCCUUCCUUGCACUAACACCUGCACUUUGCUGACAGCAGCUUUAUUGAGGAAAAGGUUUGACUUACUAUGACUGUGAUAAAUGAUAUGGUCCGUGCUAUCCUGGGUCCUUGGGACCUCCCUACCCCAUUUUUGAAGUUGUCAUUUAAAAUGUUUAGUAAUAGCGUAAAGAUGGUGGUUAGUGUUUAGGGGGGUAGGAACGUCCCGAGGAUCCCGGAUAUCACUGACCGUGAUAAUGUGCUUGUUCUCACCUAGAUACCUUAAAGAUUAACUAACUGUAAGUCGCUCUGGAUAAGAGCGUCUGCUAAAUCGGGUUCUCAAGGCCAGAUCUCCAAAUAUAUUUAUACACACUACUAGUUAAAAGUUUGGACACACCUACUCAUUUAAGGGUUUUUCUUUAUUUUUACUAUUUUCUACAUUGUAGAAUAAUAGUGAAGACAUCAAAAACUAUGAAAUAACACAUGGAACCAUGUAGUAAACAAAAAAUUGUAAAACAAAUUAAAAUAUAUUUUAUAUUUGAGAUUCUUCAAAUAGCCACCCUUUGCCUUGAUGACAGCUUUGCACACUCUUGGCAUUCUCUUAACCAGCUUCACCUGGAAUGUUUUUCCAACAGUCUUGAAGGAGUGGAGUUCCCACAAAUGCUGAGUACUUGUUGGCUGAUUUUCCUUCACUCUGUGGUCCGACUCAUCCCAAACCAUCUCAAUUGGGUUGAGGUCGGGGGAUUGUGGAGGCCAGGUCAUCUGAUGCAGCACUCCAUCACUCUCCUUCUUGGUAAAAUAGCCCUUACACAGCCUAAAGUUGUGUUGGGUCAUUGUCCUGUUGAAAAACAAAUGAUAGUCCCACUAAGCCCAAACCAGAUGGGAUGGCGUAUCGCUGUAGAAUGCUGUGGUAGCCAUGCUGGUUAAGUGUGCCUUGAAUUCUAAAUAAAUCACAGACAGUGUCACCAGCAAAGCACCCCCACACCAUAACACCACCACCUCCAUGCUUUACGGUGGGAAAUACACAUGCGGAGAUCAUCCGUUCACCCACACCGCAUCUCACAAAGACAUGUCUUAAAGUAACGAUGGACUGUUGUUUCUCUUUGCUUAUUUGAGCUGUUCUUGCCAUAAUAUGGACUUGGUCUUUUACCAAAUAGGGCUAUCUUCUGUAUACCCCCCUACCUUGUCACAACACAACUGAUUGGCUCAAACGCAUUAAGAAGGAAAGAAAUUCCACAAAUUAACUUUUAAGGCACACCUGUUAAUUGAAAUGCAUUCCAGGUGACUACCUCAUGAAGCUGGUUGAGAGAAUGCCAAGAGUGUGCAAAGCUGUCAUCAAGGCAGCUAUAUGAUUCCAUAUGUUUUAUUUCAUAGUUUUGAUGUCUUCACUAUUAUUCUACAAUGUAGAAAAUAGCACAAAUAAAGAAAAACCCUUACAUUUAUACAUUUUAGUCAUUUAGCAGACGCUCUUAUCCAGAGCGACUUACAGGAGCAAUUAGGGUUAAGUGCCUUGCUCAAGGGCACAUCGACAGAAUUUUCACCUAAUCGGCUUGGGGAUUAGAACCAGCGACCUUUCGGUUACUGGCACAAUGCUCUUAACCACUAAGCUACCUUGACUGAGUAGGUGUCCAAACUUUUGACUGGUACUGUAUGUGUAUAUAUAUAUGUGUGUAUAUGUAUAUACAGUGGGGAGAACAAGUAUUUGAUACACUGCCGAUUUUGCAGGUCUUCCUACUUAAAAAGCAUGUAGAGGUCUGUAAUUUUUAUCAUAGGUACACUUCAACUGUGAGAGACGGAAUUUUUUUUUGCCAGAAAAUCACAUUGUAUGAUUUUUAAGUAAUUAAUUUGCAUUUUAUUGCAUGACAUAAGUAUUUGAUCAAAUCAAAUCAAAUCAAAUUUUAUUGGUCACAUGCGCCGAAUACAACAGGUGCAGACAUUACAGUGAAAUGCUUACUUACAGCCCUUAACCAACAGUGCAUUUAUUUUAAACAGAAAAAGUAAGAAUAAAACAACAAAAAAGUGUUGAGAAAAAAAGAGCAGAAGUAAAAAUAAAGUGACAGUAGGGAGGCUAUAUAUAAAAUAGAAUAAAGUGACAGUAGGGAGGCUAUAUAUACAGGGGGGUACCGUUGCAUAGUCAAUGUGCGGGGGCACCGGCUAGUUGAGGUAGUUGAGGUAAUAUGUACAUGUGGGUAGAGUUAAAGUGACUAUGCAUAAAUACUUAACAGAGUAGCAGCAGCGUAAAAAGUAUGGGGUGGGGGGGCAGUGCAAAUAGUCCGGGUAGCCAUGAUUAGCUGUUCAGGAGUCUUAUGGCUUGGGGGUAGAAGCUGUUGAGAAGUCUUUUGGACCUAGACUUGGCACUCCGGUACCGCUUGCCGUGCGGUAGCAGAGAGAACAGUCUAUGACUAGGGUGACUGGAGUCUUUGACAAUUUUGAGGGCCUUCCUCUGACACCGCCUGGUAUAGAGGUCCUGGAUGGCAGGGAGCUUUGCCCCUGUGAUGUACUGGGCCGUACGCACUACCCUCUGUAGUGCCUUGCGGUCAGAGGCCAAGCAGUUGCCAUACCAGGCGGUGAUGCAACCAGUCAGGAUGCUCUCGAUGGUGCAGCUGUAGAAUUUUUUGAGGAUCUGAGGACCCAUGCCAAAUCUUUUUAGUCUCCUGAGGGGGAAUAGGCUUUGUCGUGCCCUCUUCACGACUGUCUUGGUGUGUUUGGACCAUGAUAGUUCGUUGGUGAUGUGGACACCAAGGAACUUGAAGCUCUCAACCUGUUCCACUACAGCCCCGUCGAUGAGAAUGGGGGCGUGCUCAGUCCUCUUUUUUUUCCUGUAGUCCACAAUCAUCUCCUUUGUCUUGGUCACGUUGAGGGAGAGGUUGUUGUCCUGGCACCACACGGCCAGAUCUCUGACCUCCUCCCUAUAGGCUGUCUCAUCGUUGUCGGUGAUCAGGCCUACCACUGUUGUGUCGUCGGCAAACUUAAUGAUGGUGUUGGAGUCGUGCCUGGCCAUGCAGUCAUGGGUGAACAGAGAGUACAGGAGGGGACUGAGCACGCACCCCUGAGGGGCCCCCGUGUUGAGGAUCAGUGUGGCAGAUGUGUUGUUACCUACCCUUACCACCUGGGGGCGGCCCGUCAGGAAGUCCAGGAUCCAGUUGCAGAGGGAGGUGUUUAGUCCCAGGAUCCUUAGCUUAGUGAUGAGCUUUGAGGGCACUAUGGUGUUGAAUGCUGAGCUGUAGUCAAUGAAUAGCAUUCUCACGUAGGUGUUCCUCUUGUCCAGGUGGGAAAGGGCAGUGUGGAGUGCGAUAGAGAUUGCAUCAUCUGUGGAUCUGUUGGGGCGGUAUGCAAAUUGGAGUGGGUCUAGGGUUUCUGGGAUUAUGCUGUUGAUGUGAGCCAUGACCAGUCUUUCAAAGCACUUCAUGGCUACAGACGUCAGUGCCACGGGUCGGUAGUCAUUUAGGCAGGUUAUCUUAGAGUUCUUGGGCACGGGGACUAUGGUGGUCUGCUUGAAACAUGUUGGUAUUACAGACUCAGUCAGGGACAUGUUGAAAAUGUCAGUGAAGACACUUGCCAGUUGGUCAGCACAUGCUCGGAGUACACGUCCUGGUAAUCCGUCUGGCCCUGCGGCCUUGUGAAUGCUGACCUGCUUAAAAGUCUUACUCACAUCGGCUACGGAGAGCGUGAUCACAUAGUCGUCCGGAACAGCUGGUGCUCUCAUGCAUGCUUCAGUGUUGCUUGCCUCGAAGCGAGCAUAGAAGUGGUUUAGCUCGUCUGGUAGGCUUGUGUCACUGGGCAGCUCGCGGCUGUGCUUCCCUUUGUAGUCUGUAAUAGUUUUCAAGCCCUGCCACAUCCGACGAGCGUCAGAGCCAGUGUAGUAUGAUUCAAUCUUAGACCUGUAUUGACUCUUUGCCUGUUUGAUGGUUCGUCGGAGGUCAUAGCGGGAUUUCUUAUAAGCGUCCGGGUUAGAGUCCCGUUCCUUGAAAGCGGCAGCUCUACCCUUUAGCUCAGUGCGGAUGUUUCCUGUAAUCCAUGGCUUCUGGUUGGGGUAUGUACGUACGGUCACUGUGGGGACGACAUCAUCGAUGCACUUAUUGAUGAAGCCAGUGACUGAUGUGGUGUACUCCUCAAUGCUGUCUGAAGAAUCCCGGAACAUGUUCCAGUCUGUGCUAGCAAAACAGUCCUGUAGCUUAGCAUCUGCGUCAUCUGACCACUUUUUUAUUAGCCGAAUCACUGGUGCUUCCUGCUUCAGUUUUUGCUUAUAAGCAGGAAUCAGGAGGAUAGAGUUAUGGUCAGAUUUGCCAAAUGGAGGGCGAGGGAGAGCUUUGUAUGCGUCUCUGUGUGUGGAGUAAAGGUGGUCUAGAGUUUUUUUCCCCUCUGGUUGCACAUUUAACAUGCUGGUAGAAAUUAGGUAGAACGGAUUUAAGUUUCCCUGCAUUAAAGUCCCCUGCUACUAGGAGCGCUGCAUCUGGAUGAGCGUUUUCCUGUUGAUUAAUGGCCUUGUACAACUCAUUCAGUGCAAUCUUAAUGCCAGCAUUGGUUUGUGGUGGUAAAUAGACAGCUAUGAAAAAUAUAGAAACUCUCUUGGUAAAUAGUGUGGUCUGCAGCUUAUCAUAAGAUACUCUACCUCAGGCGAGCAAAACCUUGAGACUUCCUUAGUAUUUGAUUUGGUGCACCAGCUGUUGUUUACAAAUAUACAGAGACCGCCACCCCUCGUCUUACCCGAGUCUGCCGUUCUGUCCUGCCGAUGUAGCGUAUAGCCUGCUAGCUGAAUGUUAUCAUUGUCGUCGUUCAGCCACGACUCCGUGAAACAUAAGAUAUUACAGUUUUUAAUGUCCCGUUGGUAGGAUAACCGUAAUCUUAAAUCGUCCAUUUUAUUCUCCAAAGCUUGAACGUUGGCUAAUAGGAUUGAUGGGAGAGGCAGUUUACUCGUUCGCCGUCGGAUCCUUACAAGGCACCCCGACCUACGUCCACGAUAUCUCCGUCUCUUCCUCACGCGAAUGACGGGGAUCUGGGCCUUGUCGGGAGUCACCUACCAACCAGUAAGAAUUCUGGCUUUCACAGACCUGUUAGUUUUUCUUUAAGAAGCCCUCCUGUUCUCCACUCAUUACCUGUAUUAACUGCACCUGUUUGAACUCGUUACCUGUAUAAAAGACACCUGUCCACACACUCAAUCAAACAGACUCCAACCUCUUCACAAUGGCCAAGACCAGAGAGCUGUGUAAGGACAUCAGGGAUAAAAUUGUAGACCUGCACAAGGCUGGGAAGGGCUACAGGACAAUAGGCAAGCAGCUUGGUGAGAAGGCAACAACUGUUGGCGCAAUUAUUAGAAAAUGGAAGAAGUUCAAGAUGACGGUCAAUCACCCUCAGUCUGGGGCUCCAUGCAAGAUCUCACCUCGUGGGGCAUCAAUGAUCAUGAGGAAGGUGAGGGAUCAGCCCAGAACUACACGGCAGGACCUGGUCAAUGACCUGAAGAGAGCUGGGACCACAGUCUCAAAGAAAACCAUUAGUAACACACUACGCCGUUAUGGAUUAAGAUCCUGCAGCGCACACAAGGUCCCCCUGCUCAAGCCAGCGCAUGUCCAGGCCCGUCUGAAGUUUGCCAAUGACCAUCUGGAUGAUCCAGAGGAGGAAUGGGAGAAGGUCAUGUGGUCUGAUGAGACAAAAAUAUAGCUUUUUGGUCUAAACUCCACUCGCCGUGUUUGGAGGAAGAAGAAGGAUGAGUACAACCCCAAGAACACCAUCCCAACCGUGAAGCAUGGAGGUGGAAACAUCAUUCUUUGGGGAUGCUUUUCUGCAAAGGGGACAGGACGACUGCACCGUAUUGAGGGGAGGAUGGAUGGGGCCAUGUAUCGCGAGAUCUUGGCCAACAACCUCCUUCCCUCAGUAAGAGCAUUGAAGAUGGGUCGUGGCUGGGUCUUCCAGCAUGACAACGACCCGGAACACACAGCCAGGGCAACUAAGGAGUGGCUCCGUGAGAAGCAUCUCAAGGUCCUGGAGUGGCCUAGCCAGUCUCCAGACCUGAACCCAAUAGAACAUCUUUGGAGGGAGCUGAAAGUCCGUAUUGCCAAGCGACAGCCCCGAAACCUGAAGGAUCUGGAGAAGGUCUGUAUGGAUGAGUGGGCCAAAAUCCCUGCUGCAGUGUGUGCAAACCUGGUCAAGACCUACAGGAAACGUAUGAUCUCUGUAAUUGCAAACAAAGGUUUCUGUACCAAAUAUUAAGUUCUGCUUUUCUGAUGUAUCAAAUACUUAUGUCAUGCAAUAAAAUGCAAAUUAAUUACUUAAAAAUCAUACAAUGUGAUUUUCUGGAUUUUUGUUUUAGAUUCCGUCUCUCACAGUUGAAGUGUACCUAUGAUAAAAAUUACAGACCUCUACAUGCUUUGAAAAUAGGAAAACCUGCAAAAUCGGCAGUGUAUCAAAUAUUUGUUCUCCCCACUGUGUGUGUGUGUGUGUAUAUAUAUAUAUAUAUAUAUAUAUAUAUAUAUAUAUAUAUAUAUAUAUAUAUAUAUAUAUAUAUAUAUAUUACAUUUAAGUCAUUUAGCAGACACUCUUAUCCAGAGCGACUUACAAAUUGGUGCAUUCAACUUAGGAUAGCCAGUGGGACAACCACAUCUUGAUCACAGUAAGUACACUUCAAACAAGUCAGUGCUAGCAGGUGAAAUAAGUCAGGUGUUAGUUUAGACAAAAGACAGUGGUAGUAAAGGGGGGGUAGAAGGAUUACUAUUAUACUAUUCCAGGUAUUCCUUAAAGCGGUAGGGUUUCAAGUGUCUCCGGAAGGUGGUCAGUGACUCCGCUAGCGUUGUGGGGGAGCUUGUUCCACCAUUGGGGUGCCAGAGCAGCGAAUAGCUUUGACUGGGCUGAGCGGGAACUGUGCUUCCGUAGAGGUAGUGGGGCUAGCAGGCCAGAGGUGGAUGAACGUAGUGCCCUUGUUUGGGUGUAGGGUCUGAUCAGAGCCUGAAGGUAAGGAGGUGCCGUUUCCCUCACAGCUCCGUAGGCAAGCACCAUGGUUUUGUAGUAGAUGUGAGCUUCAACUGGAAGCCAGUGGAGUGUGCGGAGGAGCGGGGUGACGUGAUAGAACUUGGGAAGGUUGAACACCAGACGGGCUGCAGCGUUAUGUGUGUAUAUCUGGAUAUAUUUUUUUAAUUAUUAUUUAUUAUUUUUUUUACCUUGGACUGGGAGUCUCACAGGGAUGUUGGUAUCCACAGCACUCAUCAAUUUUUCAACUCAAUACUUCUUGUUCCCCCAAAUUGACAAAUGCACUGUACUUUAAUCUUUAAAACUGCAAAGUUUGAUCUCUGCCUCAUGGAUUUUUUUUUGUAGAAUUGCAGGAUACUAGCUUUAAAGCUGCAACAACAAAACAUCUCUGCCCGUGACAGAAUAUGUGGAAUUACAGGAAAUUAGCCCGAGACCUAUGCCCGAGACUUGAUUUGUCCGGUCAUGCACUGCCGAAGUAAAACUCCUUGUAUGCUAUUUUUAUUUUACUCAAGUUGUGUUCUGAUUAUAAGGGGGUCCCUGAGGAAUUUGCUAUGACAAAAUGGGUCCCUGGCCCCAAAGGGUUUGAGAACCCCUGGGCUAAAUGAUUAAAAUGUAAAUGUCAACACCCAUUGGCACCAGCAGGGGUCACUAUUUAUUUUCUGGUGAAAGUACUCACGAGGCAAUAAUGUGAGUUUACAAAAGCCUGGAUCAUUUGUUAUCAUAGUGAGUCUGUGGCCAUCGAUGUGCUCCUUUGUCAUUGUUGUAUCUCUGUUUAAUCUCCCUGCUGUAUCACUCAAUUCAUACAGUUGUCAAUGUCUACACAAGAAUGGAGAAAUGUAAUGUUUUCUGUGCAUUAGUAAGUUCAAAAGGUCAUUGCUCACCUAGUUGAGUUAACCUGCUGUUUUCCUACUCUCUCUUCAUUAGCAUAUAUGGCACCUGAGGUCAUUACGAGGGCAAAGGGCGAAGGUCACGGACGAGCAGCCGACAUUUGGAGUCUGGGAUGUGUCCUCA